UACUCUAGGCCUGGUUUUGUGAAUGUCUACCAGCGGACCAGUGGCAGUACCAUGACGGUGGUACCGCGCGACGUGACGUGCCCAUAACAGUGCAAGAAUGUGACACGAAUAUUGGAUGGCAUUUGCCGGUCAUGGAAUUACGACCGGGCUUAUCGUGUCUUCAAGGGCGCUCCGUUGUCCUGCCUGGGGGACAUGACAAGGAAGGGCGCCCCAUUUGCCUUGUGAAUAUUCCGGCUGAAAGCCCGCCCCUGAACAUCGUCUCUUCCCUUCAGUAUCUCCUUUCAGUUUUCAGCGAAUCAAGCCGCACCCGCGGCAUUACCGUCAUCAUCGACGCCCGCAAAGGUCCUUGGAAAGUAGCUCGUUCAUGUAUUCGUCAAGUGAGCAACAUCUUCACCGAGGAGGACCCUUCCCAAAUCCUCGUUCUUCGUCCUGAUGCAUUUUGGGACAAGCAACGCGUGGAAAACUGCACGCAAACCGAUGGCCAAGUCGUCUUCAUUCCAAGAUGUCGCUUAAACAAGUUCGUGGACCAGUCGCAGCUUCCACUCGAACUCGGCGGCAAUUUCAUCUACAACCACGACAAGUGGAUUGAAAACAGACAAAAAAUCGAAGAAUUUUCAAAAGAGGCAAACGCAGUUUUGAGGGACUUGGACGAGCUUUGCCAGUACAUAACCAACCACAAGCAUAAUAGAUCAAGCGAUUUAGAAGAGAUUUUGAACACGAGUUCCGAAAUGGCCGAAGCGACGCGAAUCCUAGUCCAGAAUUUGACCGAAACGGGACAACAACUCCUCCAAACCAUAGAACACUCGAAUAGAACUCGAAAAUUCGCUUCGGAGUUCGAGUCAAUGUCCACGCCGCAGGAAACCCUCGAUACCAUCACUCGUAUUGACCAUUUAGUCGUCACCAUGAAGACCAAACAGCAACAAAUCGAAGAUUCGUGGCUCAAACUUCAGAAAAUAGUCAUCGAUACCAAAGACUUGAGUUUGCUUGAAGACGGCGUUGUUAAAGUCACCAAUUGGAUCUUGGGACCUGCUGAAAAUUUGCUCAAUUCGAAACAGAGAGUGGGUUAUGAUGUGGCUUCAGCCGAGGAGUUGAGGAGGGAGCAUGAAGCGAUUGAACUGCAAUGUUGGGACACUUACGGAGCUUAUGCCGAACUCAUUCACAAGAUUAAUAGUUUCCCCAAGAACGAAUUAGUGGAUUUUCAGUAUAAAGAUUUGGUUUCGCAGAAGGAUUUUAUGGAUUUUGUUUGUCGGAGCUUUGCGUUGAGGUUGGAGAAGAGGAGGAAUGUUCUGAUUACGUCGCUGAGGUUCUUCCGAUUGGUUUCGGAGUAUUUUGACAGGACAGGAGAAGUGUUUGAUUCCUUGGUGAUGGGGAGCAAAGUUGUUGAUUUUACUACAGCGGGGCAAAAAUUGAAGCAAUUGCAAGAGAGUCAAGCUAACUUAGAUGCUGUUGAACGCGAGUUGGUCAAAGAAGGUGAAAAACUCUCCGACAUGCUUUCAAUGCCCAUCAAAGACGCCCUGGGCCGUGAAAUUUUCGUCGACUAUGCUGAAGACAUCGUCAACGUCCGAGACAUCCUCGACGCGACCACAGCCCGAAAAAAUAUCUUCAGCGAUAGCGUCGAACUCCAAAAACUAACCCUUGAACAAAUCACCCACAUUUACAACUAUGAGAAAGAUGUUGCUCAAGCCAUCCAAUGGCUCGACGAGCUUUUCCAAGUCUUGCUGAAAGAUCACGGCCAUGUCGGAUGCACAGUUUACGAAAUUCAGACACAGAAAGAUGAACAUCAGACUUUUCAAGAAACUGCAAAGGACACUUAUAAUUACGGUUGUCAAUUACUUUACGCCUCUCUCCAGUUACGUCAAUCGUGCAAAUUGUCUUUAGACGACCAUGAAACUCUUAGUGAAAGAUUGAAGUACUCGUGGCAACGACUUUUGGGUGUUUCACAAGAACAAAUGACGAGAUUGAGGGUCAGUGCUGUGUUUCAUCGUUCGGUUGAGGAGCAUUGUAAUCAAAUGAGGGAUUUGAGGGAGGCUGUUGCAACCAUACCGCUCAUGGAUUUGGUGAAGAAGAAAGCGAGAGUGAAGCAUUAUUUUGGAGUGAGGGAGAAGUUGAUGGUUGAGGUGGGGAGGAUGGUGAGGUUGGGACGAUUGUUGAGGAGUCGAUUGAGGGAACCUUUGUAUUACAAUGAAACUGCGUCAAGUCCUUCCAUCGAAACCGAUUUAGGUUCAGAAGAAGGCACCGAAUCAGGCGGAGACAACGAAAUCGCUAUUGAAGCCAUCUCCGAGCGACUCACCGAAGUGACAGGAUUGGCUGAAGAGCUGGAUCAAGCCCUCCAUAGCGCUCAACAAGACUGCUCAAUUCUGACCUCAUCGGCCACUUCCACAUCGGUCACUUCUUCCGAACCCGAAACUGUGGUUUCUGUGAAAACAGUCAUGGAAGAGUCGAAGACCCCCAAACCCGAAGAACUGAAAAGCGACGACGAAUUCCUCACCGCCUCCGAAUGCACUCUUCAACACUCCCGAUCCUCGUCCUACAACACGGCCUCGGAAUGCGAGCAUCGCUACUCGCCUUGGUGGGACUACGACAAGUCCAGCGAGGAGGCAAACAAGGAAAAAAUGGUCCUUGCAGUGGGCCUCCCGGAUUUGCCUCCGCCCAAAACUGUCCUGAAACCCUCCCCGGAGGCGCCUCCGGGAAAAAUCGUCCACGAAGUGAUCGAGACCACCCACCUCAAGGUGCAGCAUUCGCACACUUUGGGGGUGGCAUCCUUCGUCCUGACCUCCGAGACUGUCAGAGACGGGAAAGGGGAGGAAGUCAGGGGGGCGCAGGCCGAGGUCGAGGGGUUUGAAAAGAGGGUGAAGGAGUGUGGCGACUGGAUUAAUCUCAAAAUACUGGAAAUUACCCCGGAAUUGACCACUUUAGGGGAUAAUCUUGCCGAAGCUCAGGAAUUACAGAAAGCUCACGAUGAAGUUCUUCGUCAACUUAAAAACAAACAGAGCCCCGUCGAGGAGCUUCUCCGCCAAGCCGACCAACUGAUCGCCACCCAAAGGCCUCGAGCCGAGGUCUACGCCGCUAUGGCUGAGUCCUUAGGCCGCGCCUGGAAGGACAUCAACAGUUUACUCGAACUCCGGAAGGAAAUCCUCGAUUUGAACGUCCUUUACCACACCAAAGCCCAGGAAUUUUUCCAAAGAAUGGACGAGCUUGAAGCUUCUUGCACGGAUAAAGUUAUUCCUAUUGAAAUCGAAGCUGUGAAAAGCUUUUUGAACAUGAUCCACGACUUGAGACGGGCUUUACUUGAGUCACUCAUGGGGGCGUUGCAGGCGGGUAAUACGCUUUUGGGGAAAUUGAAGGAACUGGGGGCUGAAGGCACACUCGAUUCGCGACCCGAUCGAAUCCGACCUUCUGUAAAUCGAGCAAUAAAUCAAGUUCAGGGAUGGAUGGAUCAGCUGCAUCUCAAGAGACAAGUUUUAGAAGCGACUUUCAAUAGGAGGAAGACCCAGCUAGAACAGUGUCUUGCUUUGGCGAUGCUCGCAGCUGAUUUGCACGAACUUGAUGAUGUUGUACAUGAGAGAAGACGGCUUUUGGCCAGUACUGAUCAACUGGGUGAUUCCAUAUCAAGUGCGGAAUUACUCCUCAACGAGCACAAGAAACUACUCCCGGAAGCGAAGCAACUGCAAGAGCGAGCACUGAAAAUAACCAAAGCUACAGAACAACUUGUUGCUUCCGGUUGUUUCGCUGGGGAACAAGCAGCUGGACAAUCAUACGAAAUUCUUUCUGCCACUUCCGACUAUUACACUGAAGUCCAAAACCGGGAAAUUCUUCUUGAACGAGUCCUCCAGUUCUUCAAAUCCGCCCAAAAUGCUUUAACCAAAUUGGAUCAACUUGAACACCAGUUAACUACAACCAAGUUACCAUCAACCUCACAACAACUGAUCCAAUUGCACGCCCAAAGCUCUAGAUCUAUAGAAGAGGUCACCAGUGCGCCGAUCGCAGAAGGCCAUGCUAUUCUGGAUCUAGUGGGAAGAGGCCGUCCGGGCACCGAAGGUGUUAGACACAAAGUUGAAGAGUUGGAGAACAGGAAAAUUGCUCUGGAUCGACUAUGUGUUGCUCACAAGGAGGAAAAUAUUCGAAUUAAUAAAGCCUUGAAUAAUUUCUUGGAGAAGCACAAUGAGAUUUAUUCGUGGUUAGUGAGCGUCGCUGAGGCUUUUCUUCACGAGCACCGAAAUAUGGGCGAUGAUCUACCCCUGGCCAGGGAUUUCUUGGAUUUGCACAACCAAUUACUCAACGAUUUACAGACGAAAGGGAACGAAAUAAACGCUUUGAUACUAACACUGCCGCCAAUUCUGGAAUUUUUGGAAGAUAACCAGAGAAAGGAUGUCGAUUCCAAAGUGGAGGAGAUGCACGAAAGAUGGAUUAAUUUGAAGAAUGUUCUAGAGAAUAGAUUGGAUCUGGCGAGGAUUUAUGUCAAGUUUCAUAUGGAAGCGGAUAUUGUUAAUCAGGAGAUGGAUAAUUUGGAAAGAGAAUUGAUGCAGAAUCAGGAUAGGGUUACAGAUGACAUGAUGAGGCAUUUGGAGGAGAAAUGGGAGUCAUUGGUGCCACUCUACCAGUCGGCCAAGAAUACGGGGUUAACCUUUAUCGACCAAGCUAACAAGGUAUCUGAACCGUAUCUCGACACGAAGCGAGCUUGUCUGUGCGUGGAGUCCGUGCUGGAACGGCUGUCGGGACGACAGUUACUUGUGACCAGAAAUUGGCAGACUUUCCAUGCACAAGUUGUGGAAAAACGCGAGUUGUUGGUGCGACUGGAGCAAACGAUGGCUGAGAGCACCAAGACUAUAAACUGGGUGACGAAGCUCGACGAACAAUUAUAUCCGGUAAUAACGACGAAUUCGACGAAUCCCAAAGAAAUAACAACACAUCUGUGCUCCAAAUUAGAAAAGGUGCUACCAGACGUACGAAAAGCACAAGUCGAAGUGGAGCAACGAAUCAAAACUGCGGAAAGUCUUAUCACCAAGACGCAAAGUAGCGAUGAGAAGACUGUAAAUUUAAAAAGUAAAUUAUCAGAAUUGGGGAGAAAGUUGUCAGAUGUUGCGAACGACUAUCAGGUGCUUUUGGAGAUGCUUAUCUCUUAUUUCAAGAAUUUGGUCGAGUUGGAUAGGAAAGUCGAAGAUUUUAAUGUGAAAACUGGUGCUGGCGAUAUCACCAGUGUUGAAAGUUUGAUAAGGGACCACGAAAUUUCCAAACAGACGGUUUUGGAACUUUUUAAUAGGGCGAGAUUAGAGUGCGAGAAUGUUGUUCAAAGAAUCUCAAGGCAAGAACCACCACAAGCCGCCGAUUCCGACAUUCAGAAACUCCAACACAUCUUGGAACUUAAGAGGGACAAUUGGGAGAAUCAAUGGCGGCAACGAAGAGACUCUCUAGAGGCCCAAAGACAAUUAUGUCAAUUUGAUACCGACUUGAGACAAAUUAAUGACACUCUUGACGAUCUGGGUAACCAAUUGGAAGACAUGAAAGGGAAAUAUGGCGAAUCUUUGUCUGCUGCUAAAGCAACGUCUCAUGCUUUCGUUUACUUUGAGAAGACCGUUGAUAUGCUCCAACAACGAAUCAACGCCUUUUUGGACACAGGCGAGAAACUGCUAGCCGAACGCCAUGCACAGUCUCCUCAUAUCCAAAAGCAAAUCUCCCAGUUGCAAGACCGGUGGAACAAUUUUAAGAAACAAGUCCAAGAAACACGAAAUUUGAUCGAUCUGAGUAUCCAGUUCUUCGAGCUGGUUGAAGAGGCAAAUGAAUGGUUCCGUGAAGGCAGCCGUCUCCUGAUUAACAUCGCCCGGAAAUCAAAUCUUGUCAAAAAGCCUGAGGAAGCCCAACAGUUGCUUAACGAAAUUGAAAUUUUCCUUAAACCAGGUGAAGAAAUGCAAAAUAAAAGGAUUCGGAAGAUAACUGAACUGGCAACAAGAAUUUUUGGCCCUCAACAACACUCAACAAUUGAUCAAGUCUUGCAGGAGAAUCGAGGAAUGCUCGAAUCGUUUUCUAGUAUUACCAGUGAGAUUAGUCAAUUGGCUGAGAAUUUGAGAUUAGCGGAAGAACAAAGAUUAAGGGAAAUUCAGGAGGCUAGGAUUCGAGCGGAAGAAGAAGCUAGAAGAAAGGCUGAAGAAGAAGCAAGGUUGCGAGCUGAAGAGGAAGCUAGACGUAAGGCUGAGGAAGAAGUUAGAAGGAGAGCGGAAGAAGAAGCCAGACGCAAAGCAGCUGAAGAAGAGGCUAGACGUAAAGCUGAGGAAGAAGCUAGAAGAAGGGCGGAAGAAGAWGCCAGACKCAAAGCAGCUGAGGAAGAGGCUCGAAGAAAGGCUGAGGAAGAAGCUAGACGCAAAGCAGCUGAGGAAGAAGCAAGACGUAAAGCUGAGGAAGAAGCUAAAAGAAGGGCGGAAGAAGAAGCUAGGCUCAAAGCAGCUGAAGAGGAAGCUAGACGUAAAGCUGAGGAAGAAGCUAGAAGAAGGGCGGAAGAAGAAGCCAGACGCAAAGCAGCUGAGGAAGAGGCUCGAAGAAAGGCUGAAGAAGAAGCUAGGCGCAAAGCAGCUGAAGAAGAAACUCGAAGAAAAGCGGAAGAAGAAGCUCGACGUAAAGCAGCUGAAGAAGAAGCUAGACGCAAAACUGCUGAGGAAGAAGCUAGACGAAGAGCGGAAGAAGAAUCCAGGUUAGAAGCCGCUCGAAUUCAGGCUUUGGAAACUCAGAAGCCCAAAAUUGAAGCUCCUGUUUUCACUUCCCCUCUCAGUGACGCCAUCAUCCAGGAGGGUUCUCGAUUUACUUUCAUGUGUCAUGUGACCGGUACCCCCGUCCCAGUUGUAACAUGGUUUAAGGAUGGUAUUUCAAUCCAGAACAAUCCUGAUUACCAGACUACUUUUGACCAAGGUUUGUGUACUCUAACUAUUGAAGAAACUUUUGCUGAAGAUUCGGCCAAAUAUACUUGCAAAGCCAUCAACGCGGCUGGUUCUGCCGAAACAAGUGCUUGUUUAUCGGUGAAAGAAACGGAACCGGAAGAACAGUUAUCACCACCUACUUUUGUGAAGUUGUUAGAACCGGGAAGUGCAAGAGAAGGAACGAGUUUCCAGUUUUAUUGUAAAGUGGAGGGAAAUCCGUUACCGACAGUGCAGUGGUUUAAAAAUUAUGACUGUAUCGACAAUUCUCCGGAUUAUGUGAUUACGUAUAAUAAUGGAGAGGCAAUUUUGAAGUUUGAAAAAGUGGUGUUGGAAGAUAAGGCCGAGUAUACGUGCAAGGCGACCAACGAGCUGGGGGUGGCGCAAAGCACGGCCAGCUUGAGUGUAACACCUCUGGAGCCCACCGAAGCGCCCAAGUUUAUCUUGCCUCUAUCCAACGUGAUGGCGAGGGCCGGCCAGAAAAUAAAAUUGGAAUGUGAGGUUUCUGGAUUGCCCCCACCGAUCCUCACUUGGACACACAACGGCAAAGCGGUAAAGGAAGCGCGCGAUCUUAAGUUACAAUUCGAGGGAAAUAAGGCGACUUUGCUCGUGUUCGAGGCCUUUCCCAAAGAUGCAGGGACGUACGUCGUGAACGCCAAAAAUCUUGCCGGAGAAGCGUCGAGUGCUUGCAGCGUUUCGGUUAAAGGAAGACUCCCGACGGAAACAUCAGAUUCGGAACUUGCCAGUGACAUGGAACCGGUCAAACCUUCCAUCCAGUUACCCCUAACUAACGUUAGUGUAACUGAAGGUAACAGAGUUCGCCUAGAUUGUGUCAUAGUAGGCCAACCGGAACCGGAAGUCAUUUGGUACCACGAUGACCGACCCGUUAAAGAAUCCCCAGAUUUUCAACUACUAUUCCAAGGAGAUCGCUGUUCUUUGAUCAUCCAGGAAGCCCUCCCGGAAGACGCUGGUCAGUACAAAGUCGUGGCUCUCAACUCCGCUGGUGAAGCUUCCAGUAAAUGCUCACUAACUGUAGUACCGGAUAGCGCAACCAAACCACUGGAACCAGAAGAACCACCUGGAACUCCCCCUAAAUUCACCAAACUCCUCGCCGAUGUUCUCGUCUCCGAAGGGGAAAAAGUCCAGUUUGAAGGGUGCGUAACAGGAGAACCCACACCAGAAAUCAAAUGGUUACUCAACAACCAACCAAUUGCACCCACCGACCACGUAAAAAUAACUCACGAUAGUGAUGGUACCAUCCGACUCGAAAUAGCAAAUGUGCGACCUGAGGACAAGGGGGUAUACACAGUCAAGGCUACCAACUCUUCAGGCGAUGCCAAAUGUUUUGCUCAACUUAUCGUCAAAUCGAUGAAACCACCCGAAAUCAUCAAACAUGAAGAAAUCAAGUUGGCCCCCAGUUUCAAAGAAUUGUUUAAUGAUCGAAUCGCCUUUGAAGGUACUUCCACCAAAUUUGAAUGUAUAGUAGUAGGAAAACCAGCACCUAAAGUACGAUGGUUGUUCAAUGGAGAACCAAUCACAGGCAAGAAAAUCCUAAUUUCGACUUCCGGUGAUCGUCAAGUCUUGACCAUACCGGAAAUAAGCAAAGACCUGGAAGGUACUAUCACUUGUGUGGCCGAAAACGAAGUCGGGAAGGCAAGUUGUGCCGGUCAUUUAUCCGUCCAAAGUGUCUCUACGAUAACCCUUCCGGAACUUUCCCGAGACAUCUCACAACAUGUUGAAUCUUCCUAUAUUCUAAACCGCGAGGUGCAUACACAAUCCUCCACUUCAACGUCCCGUAAAAUCGAAACUUUCACCGGGCCACAAGAACCCCAAGUUCAAGUCCACAGUUUCUCCCAACAAGACCAACAAAGUUUCAAACAAAUCAAUCAAGAAGCUCCUCAAAUCAGCGAAUCUCACAAAAUCGAAGAGUAUCACCAAGUUGGCAAACAACCUCCUACUAUAAUCGAAAAAUCAUCCUCACUCUUCACUUCUGGUACCACCGAGGAAACUAAACAGAAGACAAUCGAGCACGUAGUCCAAAAACCGGUGAUAAAAACACGACCCCCGAAGUUUAUUACUCCUGUGAUGGGUAAAAUCGUCGAUCAAAAUGUUGAUGUGAUCCUUGAAGGGAUAGUGGAUGGUCAACCCACCCCUGAGAUCAUUUGGACUAAAAAUGGGGAGCAAUUACGGGAGUCCUCGGGUGUUAAAGUACUCUUUGACAGAAAUAAAGUCUCCGUGGUUAUCAAAAACGCAAAUAUUAACGAUGCUGGGAGGUACACAUGUACGGCAGUUAACGAAGCUGGUAAGGCGAUAAGUACCGCCGAUUUGGUCGUGCGAAAAACUGUAUUUCCUCCCGUUUUCGGUCGCAGACUUCAAGCCCAAGUUGUCAAAAAAGGGGAUCGGGUCAUUAUGGAAGUUGAGGUGACGGGAACUCCUGAACCCACAAUUGCGUGGUACAAAGAUGGAGUUCCUAUUAGUGAGGCUCUUGGGGAUAAGGCAAGGAUCAGAUCGAUGGGAAAUUCGCAUACUCUUGUUAUAGAAAAAGCUGAAUUAAAUAUGUCUGGAAGAUUUAUGGUACGAGCAGUCAAUUCUGGUGGCGAAGCUCAAAGUAUUGCCGACAUUGCCGUUUUUGAACCAACUCCCGACACCAUGGUGGAAGUGGUCAAGACUGUGGUAUUUGAGGAUGUGCGAAAGCAUGAAACACUGGAACUGGUGGCCACGCCCAUUAUCACGAGCAGCUCCACCCACCAUCACAUCGAACACCACGAAAAACACACGAAACUUGAACCUUUUCCCUUCAAACCCGACCCUCCCCGCGGCAAAAAACUCCGCGGUCCUCCACCCCCUAGUCCUUCAAAAUUCAUCAAGGGUGAAUUCCGUGAAAGUGAUUACGAAAGCGACUACGAAGGGCGUAUCCCUCCCGUCUGGCGUCCUACAGAAUCCGACGGGGACCCCACCUAUAAACCUGUGCGUCCCGUCCUCACACCCAGCGGCCGCCAAUCACAGCAAUCCGGCCGGACCCCGACUCCUCCCACCGAAUUUGAUCAUCCCCCGCGUAUCGAAGGUCCGCCUAGACCAAAAUUCGAACCAAUCGAGAAAUUCAAACCAAGUGUUAAAUUGGACGAGAUUAUCAAACCUGCCCCACAAACGGUCAAGCCAAGACCUGUGGUGGCUGAGACUAUUAUAGCCACGCCUGCUGUACGCAAGGAGGUAGUAUUAAUACAGCCGGGAACGCCCCCCGAAUUGGGGUACGCCGCCCCCCGGAAAACGCAGUACUACAGAUCUGUGACUAGUACUCCAUAUCAUAAUGCUAUUCAAACUGAAACUUCAAAUGUUAUGCAUUUUAAUGAGGCUAGUGAGAAUUGUAGAAGAACGGUUAGUCUUCAACAGACGACUAAAGUUAUCAAGUUUGGGGAUCAGGGGAGACGGGAGGAGAAAUUAGAACCGUUUCCGUUUAAACCGGAACCAGAGAGGCCCAGGCGAGGGAGUGCCCCACCUCCUCCUAGACCCACCAAAUUUAUCCCAGGGGAGUUCAGGGAAAGUGAUUAUGAGAGUGAAGUUGAAAGUACCAGAAUUAAGCCAAAGUGGGCCCCCAGUGGCAGUGAUUCGGAAGGAUAUCACUAUAGGCCGGUCAAAGCACCCUCAACUAGGUCUCUAAGUGCCCCAGCGCCCAAAGAACGAGUCUUAUCACCUAUGGAAUUUGACCAAUCCCCUGUAAUGCCUUCAACGAUAAGUACCACCGAUUUUGUUGAUGGUGAAACCCGGAGACAUGAAAGAAGUUACAAACGAUUUACGGAAAGUAAAUCAGGGAAAGUUGUGGCUAGGAGUAGGUCUUAUGAGCCUCCAGUACAACCAGGGAGUCCCCCCGAGUAUGGAUAUAUAGCCGAUAAUAAAAUAACUAAAGCUACUGCAGCAAAAUUAGCCUCCCAGCAUAUGGAUAGCAUGACACAUGCUUUCAAAAGUACUACUCAGAAAUUUGUCCAUGAUAUCAUGAAUGAUGUUAACAAAAAAUCACAGCAGAAACCAGUGGUGAAAGCCCAAGAUGGCGACGCCCAAGUGUAUCGAGAAGAAACCAGAGCAGCCCAAUAUGGUACCAAACACGUAGACCCUGACACAGGUCUCAUCUACUUCAAGUAUGACUUUGGUUACGAAUUCGGGAUAAUCCUCCCUGGGGAAAGUAAACAAGGGGAAAUUCCCGUCCCUAAGAAAACCAUAAUCGAGCCUCCUAAACGCACCACCGACAUCGAAAUGCCCGUCUACCAUGAAACCUCCCAUCCGAAAAAAUUUACACCAUCGAGCAAAAACGUAAAGUGGGAACCCACAUCCGAAAGCGAAAUGUCUGAAUACGAGGGCGAGAGUAAAAAGCGAGGUAGUACCUUGCACGCAUCGAGAUGGGAUCAGUCUUCUUGUAGUCCUGUUUCUCUGUCGCCUAGUUUGCCUAGCACAUCUCCGGCUUUUAACAGUACUAUUGCAGCUUUGGGUAGAAAGGAAGCCGAGACUCCCCCCAGCUGCCCCAGCACCCCUGGGUUUACCAAAGUUUCGCAAAAUUCAACUCGCGCCCCCAUGUUCAUAACGCCCCUCCGCAACAUAGCAGUAGUGAGCGGCCAGCCCGCCAAAUUUGAAUGCAUCGUCCAAUCAGAGCCACCCCCUAAUAUCUUAUGGUCGAAAAACGGACGAAUCAUUGAAAACUCCAACGAUUAUCAACUCCACUACCGGAAUGGAGUGUGUCGACUGACCAUAUCUCAGGCUUAUCCUGAGGAUGCAGGUACCUAUUCUUGCACAGCUACCAAUUCUGUGGGUACUGCUAACACCACAGCGACCCUCGAGGUACCAGGAGUACCAUCUCACAUGUAUGGAACAUACCGCCAACUGAAAACCGGUCGAAGAAGUGUCUCACCUGAAUUACAAUUCUACCAACGUCCUGAAUCUCCUCAGAAUUCGAUUUCUUCAGCUGUGCAAGGUGGUCAGAUCCAGCAACAGGGCUACCAACAAAUCGCCGGUUUCGGCCCCAACGCCCAACCCCCUGUCUUCGAGAAAGUUUUCAGCAAUGCCCGUUUCGCGCAAGGAGGCGUUGCCUCCUUCGAAGGGCGUGUUACCGGCAAACCGCAACCGGAAGUCACAUGGACGCGCAAAGGCGCUCCUCUCCUCUCUUCCAACAAACACCGACUAACCUACAACGAAACGACUGGAGAUAUCACUUUCCAGAUUAACCAAAUCGGUCCGGGAGACGAAGGCGAAUACGUCUGUACGGCCAAGAAUCAGUAUGGCGCUGCCAUAUGCUCGGUAUUUAUCCAACCCGAAGGCUUCCAAAUGCCACAAAGGCAGUCCUACCAACGACAUGAACAAACCACGACUUACUCAAACGGGACUUACGUUCAAGAAGACUUCAAAAUUGACACUUUUGAGUAUAGACUGCUCCGAGAAGUGUCUUUCCGGGAGUCGAUCACUAGGAGAUAUGUCGGAGAAAGUGACGUUCAAAUAUCCACGACAGUGGAAAGGUCUCUAGGGCCUCCAGCACCGCCUCAAAUUUCACAAAAGCCAAGGAACUCGAAGUUGCUGGAAGGCUCAGAUGCUGUGUUUUCAGCAAAACUUUCAGCCAAUCCAAGACCCAGGAUUACAUGGUUCAGGAACGGCCAAAGAAUCACAGAGACACAAAAAUACGAAACUACUUUCUCUAAUAACCAAGCUUCUUUGAGAGUCAAGCAAGCUACUUCUGAGGAUUCCGGUCAUUACACACUAUUGGCUGAAAAUCCUCAAGGUUGUGUUGUUUCUUCUGCUUACUUGGCCAUUGAACCUGUCACAACCCAAGAAGGUUUGAUUCACGAAUCGACCUUCAAGUCUCAACAAACCGAAAUUGAACAAACCGACACUGGAAAGACUCUCGCACCUAAUUUCGUCCGAGUUUGCGGCGAUAGAGACGUCACUGAGGGUAAAAUGACCCGUUUUGACUGCCGCGUCACUGGAAGACCUUACCCGGAAGUCACUUGGUUCAUAAACGGCCGCCAAGUUACCGAUGACCACAAUCACAAAAUUCUAGUGAACGAAUCCGGUAACCACGCCCUUAUGAUCACCACAGUGAGUCGUUUGGACUCCGGAGUGGUCACUUGUGUCGCCCGGAAUAAAACCGGAGAAACCUCCUUCCAAUGCAACUUGAAUGUCAUCGAGAAGGAGCAAGUGGUAGCGCCGAAGUUUGUCGAGAGAUUCACUACGGUGAAUGUUAGAGAAGGAGAGCCUGUUUUAUUGAAUGCCAGAGCUGUUGGUACCCCGACCCCACGAAUCACUUGGCAGAAGGACGGAGUCCCUUUGACAAGUAGUCAUGAAGUCCGGAUCGCGAUUGACGGUGGAGCCACUUCCUUGGAUAUACCAAGGGCCAAGGCGUCGGAUGCUGGUUGGUACCAAUGUACUGCACAGAAUGUUGCCGGCUCCACCGCGACUCGCGCUAGGUUGUUUGUCGAAACACCGCAAGGGCCGACGCAGGAACCGAGACGUCUGCAUCUGCCUCGACCGACCAAAAUUAUCGAACCUGAACCCGAACCUGGCCCAGAAGUUAUUUAUCUCCGCCACGUUGAACGCGCGAAGCCCUACGCCCCUGCCCCUGAAGAAGAUCGAAUCUACCCCCCACCCCAAUUCAUUAUCCCUCUCCAAGAUGCCGUUCAAUUUGAAGGAGGAAAAGUUCAUUUCGAGGCCAGGAUUGAACCAGUUGGCGACCCCACAAUGCGUGUAGAAUGGUUCAUUAAUGGAAGACCUCUGGAAGCUAGUUCUCGCGCUACUUCCAUCUUUCGUUUCGGCUUCAUCGCUCUGGACCUCAUCAGUCUUGUGCUGAAAGACAGCGGCGAGUACGUUUGCCGCGUCACCAGCUCCACCGGCUGUGUAGAAUCCCGUGCCAUACUUAGUGUGAACCCCCGAGCUUCCAUCGAACAGACCAGCCAACACCCUGACAGUCUCAAGUACAUCCAACAGUUGGAAGACUACUCCAAAUACCAAAGGAGCGACAGUCUUGAAGAGUCCAUCAAUCAGAAACCUCACUUCAUCCGUCCACUCCAAGACUUAGGGGAACUACAAGAGGGUCGCAAUGCACACUUUGAAGCGCAAUUGACUCCCGUGAGUGACCCUACUAUGAAAGUGGAGUGGUACAAAGAUGGCCGACCUAUUACCGCCAGUUCGAGAAUCACUACCAUCUUCAACUUCGGCUACGUCUCUCUCAAUAUUAUGCACCUACGGGCCGAAGAUGCCGGUUCUUACACUGUGCGAGCUGUUAACCGACUUGGGGAAGCUAUAAGUAGUGGCACUUUGCAAGUUUAUGCUAGAUCCACCGUAACCGGUGAUCUGGGGAUCCCCGAACAACAAAGAUAUAUCGAAAAAGUUGAAGAACUGGAAGCUUACCAACAGCAACAGUAUCAGAAAUACGUAUUGGAAACCCCCGAAAGCUCUCAACCACCGGAAUUCAAAACACCGAUCAAAGAUCAAAUCGGGAUCCGUGAAGGGGGUUUCGCUCAUUUCGAAGCCAGACUUGAGCCAGUCGGCGACUCAACCCUCAAAGUCGAGUGGUUGAAAGAUGGACGUCCUGUUGAAGCCAGUUCUCGAAUCACUAGUUUCUUCAAUUUUGGAUACGUUGCCCUUACUAUCAAAGAGGUGACGGUCCACGAUGUUGGUAUCUACACCUGCAGGGCCUUCAACGCCCUUGGACAGGCUGUGACUACAGCUCAACUAAGUGUAGUCAGCAAGAAAGACAUUAUUUUUGACUCGCAACACCCGGGAGGACUUGAAAAAAUCCAAUAUCUGGAGGAUUCCAGUCGGUAUAAUCGUACCUCUAAAGAAGAGGUUCAAGUAACGCAAAAACCUAGGUUUUUGGGACCACUUAAAGGCACUAAUAAGAUAGUUGAAGGACAGCGGGCUCAUUUUGAGGCCCGUGUUGAACCUCAAAGUGAUUUAACUUUAAAGAUUGAAUGGUACUUUAACGGGAAACCGAUACAGAGUGCCAAUAGAAUACAGACAUAUCACGAUUUUGGAUACGUGGCACUGGAUAUUUUGAGUGUGAGGGAAGAGGAUUCGGGAACUUACACCGUGGUUGCCAGAAACGCCCUUGGUGAGGCGCAACUGUCGGCCAGUAUGGUCGUCGAAACUCGCGCUAGUAUUGAUACUAGAAGCAUGCAUCGCUCAGCUUACGACAAAACUCAAAGACUCGAAGAAUCAAAAUUUGUGGAACCUCACUACGACAUUGUCGAAACCUCUAAAUCCAAACCGAUUUUUGUAGUACCACUCUCAGAUCCACAACCUUUAUCUGAGGGUCGGAAUGUGCAUCUUGAGUGCCGUCUGGAACCCAUGGGAGAUCCCACGAUGAGAGUCGAAUGGUACUGCAACGGCCGACCCAUCACUGUGGGUUCCAGAUUCAGGACUUACAAUGAUUUUGGGUUCGUAGCUUUGGACAUUAUUCAUGCUACUGCUCUUGAUUCCGGAGAGUACACAGUGCGUGCUGUUAACCAAUUGGGCUCGGCUCAUACCUCGGCUUGUGUCCGAGUAAUCGAAAGAUCUGACAUUAUCACGGACACUCAACACGAACAAUCAUUGGAGCAAAUCCAGAUGCUUGAAGAUUCUUCAAGGUACCGAAAACACGUCGAUGAGGACGUGACAGUACUACAAGCCCCUCAAUUCACUCGGCCUUUGCACAAUAUCGAAACAAUUGAAGGUACCAACGUCCAUAUGGAGUGCCGCUUGCAACCCGUGGGUGACUCUACCAUGAGAGUUGACUGGUUUUGCAACGGAGUACCGGUCAAAGUAGGCCAUAGAUUCAGGCCUGCUUACGAUUUCGAUUACGUCGCUUUGGAUCUUUUAAGUGUUUACCCCUCAGACUCCGGAAUUUACACCUGCCAAGCCCGGAACCAACUAGGUGAAGCCGUGACUUCAUGCUCAGUCAAAGUCAUCGCCAAGAAAGAUUUACUAUUAGAAACUCAACACCCAGCAGGUUUGGAAAAAAUCCAAUACCUUGAGGACUCCUCCCGCUACAAGCGCACGGAAUUCGUCGACGAACAAGUCACCGUCAAACCCAAAUUUGUCACUCGACCGAAAAAUCUUGAAAACAUGGUCGAGGGGCAACAUGCCCACUUUGAAUGCAAGCUUGAGCCGGUCACUGACCCAAAUUUGAAAGUCGAGUGGUUUAAAAACGGCCGCCAGAUUACCAUCGGCCAUAGAUUUAGACCCAUUCACGAUUUCGGUUACGUAGCCCUCGAUGUCGUCGAUUUGAUUGCUGAAGACUCCGGUACUUACACCUGCAGGGCUACUAAUUUAGUCGGAGUAGAUGAAACCACUUGCUAUCUUAAAUGCCGAGCUUCUGGACAAAUCAUCACAAGUACUCAGAACGAAACCGGAUUGCAGCAAAUCCAACACUUGGAAGACCGUUCCAAGUACCACCGGGCAGAAGAAAUCGAAGAACGCACCACUCAAGCCCCAAUUUUCACAACAUCUUUGAAAAAUAUUGACAUUAAAGAAGGUCAAAGGGCUCAUUUCGAGUGCCGGUUAAUCCCGGUAUCGGACGCUACAAUGAAAGUCGAAUGGUUCCACAAUAACCAACCACUUAAAUCCGGCUCAAGGUUCACUGAGACUAACAAUUUCGGGUUUGUUGCUUUGGAUAUUCUUUAUGCGUACCCGGAGGACUCUGGUACUUACACCUGCCGAGCUACAAAUAUCUUAGGAGAAGCUGUUACCUCAGCUGUUUGUAAUGUGCGUUCAAAAAAAUCGAUUUAUUCAGAAUCGGUGCACGAAGGUGCCCUCCAACGCUUGACCCAAUUAGAGGACUCCUCCCGGUACCAAAGACAGGAAUUCCAGGAGGAAGUUGUCAAUCAGGCUCCUGUUUUCACAAUGCCAAUCAAGGAUCUGCGAGUGGCGGAAAACCAAGCUGCGCAUUUUGAAGCUCGCUUGAUUCCUGUUGGGGACUCUAGACUGAAAGUUGAGUGGUUGAGAAACGGAGUACCAAUUGAAGCUUCUAAUCGUUUGACCACAAUGCACGAUUUUGGGUACGUCGCCUUGAAUAUGAAAUACGUCAACCCAGAAGACUCCGGUACUUAUACAUGUCGGGCAGUCAACGAUUUGGGCGAAGCUGUAACAUCUGCAACUCUUUUCGUCCAAUCCAAAGCUUCUCUACAACUCGAAUCCCAACACGAGGGUGCUUUGCAAAAGCUGAGACAACUGGAGGAUUCCAGUAAAUACCAACGCCGCGAAGAGGAAGAAAUCGAAGUGACUCAAGCACCAAGAUUCAGUACGCAACUGAACGGACCCACUGACCUAGUCGAGGGUCAAAGUGCCCACUACGAGUGUCGCAUUGAGCCCUACCCUGACUCAUCAAUGAAAGUCGAAUGGUUGCAUAAUGGUAAAGCUUUGAGCACCGGGCAUCGAUUCCGAACCGCCUAUGAUUUUGGGUUUGCGAGUCUUGAUGUUUUGACAGUAUAUGCAGAAGAUUCGGGCGAGUACACGUGCAGAGUUACCAACAAAUUAGGCCAAGCUCAGUCUUCGGUGGUCACCAAUGUCAAAUCUAAAUCAUCCAUAAUCCGUGAAACACAACACGAAGGUGCCCUUGAGAAGAUUCAAUACCUUGAGGAUGACUCUCGGUACAAGAAAGUGAGUCGCGAGGAUGCUAUUAUUCUGGAGAAGCCACAAUUUGGUCGUGGAUUAAAAACCAUCGAGAACCUCCCUGAAGGUUCCAGUGCCCAUCUGGAAGCGACUUUGACACCAGUCAAUGACCCGACAAUGAGAGUCGAGUGGUUCUGCAACGGCCGGCCUAUCCAAACCGGUCAUAGAUUCAAAACCGUCUACGAUUUCGGUUACGUUGCCCUUGAUAUCCUCUAUGCUUACGCCGAGGACUCUGGUACUUACAUGUGCCGGGCUAGAAACGCCGCUGGUGAGGCCGUAACCACAGCCAAUGUUGAGGUUAUAGCCAAAUCUGGCCUCUACCUCGAUACCAUGGACGAACAAAGACUUAAGAAAAUCCGCGACUUGGAGAGUUACGAACGUCCCAAAAAGGAGGAAGUUGAAGCUCCGCCCCAACGCCCCGUUUUCUUGACUCCAUUGGUCAGCUUGGAGAACCUCAAAGAAGGCGAGCAUGCACAUUUGGAGUGUAGAGUCGAGCCAGUCAAUGAUGCAAACCUGAAAAUUGAAUGGUUCGUAAAUGGCGUUAAAUUAAGGGCCGGUCAUAGGUUCCGAACCACGCAUGAUUUUGGAUACGUCGCUCUUGACGUCCUGUACACUUACCCGGAGGAUAGUGGUACCUACAUGUGCAAAGCUACUAAUCUAGUUGGCGAAGCCGUCAAUACUUGUACCAUAAAAGUAGGCGGCCGCAAAAGCAUUCUUUUGGAUACGCACCACCCUGAAGGUCUUGAGAAAAUCAGAGAGUUAGAAGCUCAAGGCCAUCCAACUCGUCUCGAGGUCGAGGAACCCAUCCCUACACCUCCGCGUUUAGUGACGGAACUUCGCGGUACCACCGAAAUCUACGAAGGGCAAACCGCCCACUUUGAGGCUCAAGUGGAACCAAUUCAUGAUCCUAAUUUAAGAAUCGAAUUUUACCACAACGGAAAACCGUUACCUUCGGCCAGUAGGUUCCACAUCACUUUUGAUUUCGGUUACAUUGCUCUCGACAUCGGGCAUUGUGUACCGGAAGACGCUGGUGAAUACACAGUUAAAGCUAUUAACAAUCUGGGACAAUGCACUUCGUCCAUCAAUUUGAAAGUAAUCGCCAAGAGUAAUAUCAUUUUAGAGUCACAAAGACCGGAAGGAUUAGACAAGAUUAGACAAUUAGAGGAACACCAGCCGUACAAACGGCCCGAACAUGAGGAACCGGUGACGAGACAAAGACCAGUUUUCACUCAACCUCUCCAGAACAUUGAUAGUAUUCAGGAGGGACAGACAUCGCACUUUGAAUGCCGACUUAUACCAGUCGGAGACCCGACCCUCAAGGUCGAGUGGUUCCGCAACGAAAAACCGCUGGAAGACAGUUCAAGAAUCACCAAAGUGCACGAUUUUGGCUUCGUCUCACUUGACAUCACCCAUGUUAGGGAUGAAGACGAAGGAGUAUACAUCUGCCGGGCCUCGAAUCCUCUUGGAGAAGCUGUUACGACUGCUUCUAUGAAAAUUAGAACCAAAGCCAGCAUCCAAUUGGAAUCGCAACACCCAGAAGCCCAACGCAAAAUCGCCCAAUUGGAGCAACCCCAAGCCCCACGUCCUGAAGAACCCGAACGCCAUUUCGAAAAACCCAUCUUUACCCAACUUCUCACCGGCCCGACUGAAUUAUGGGAAGGUCAACAUGCCCAUUUCGAAGCUCGGGUGGUACCAGUCGGAGAUCCGAAUUUAAGGUUCGAGUGGUACGUCAAUGGAGUUGAACUCAAGCUGGGUUCAAGAUUCAAAGUUACACAUGAUUUUGGAUUUGUCACACUUGACAUCAUGUCGACUGUCCCUGAAGACUCGGGAGUCUACAUGUGCAAAGCUAUCAACAAAUCAGGAGAGGCUGUUUCUUCGAUUUCGAUGAAAGUUAAGUCAAAGUCGAAUAUUGUUGGUGAAACUCUACAACCUGACGCUUGGCAAAAGAUUCAACUAAAGGAAGCCGAAAUGAAUAAAGUACCGGAAAUGUUCGUCGAUACGACCCCUCAACAACCACCAGUUUUCACCACACAUCUCAAGAGUUACGACAAGUUGAUUGAGGGUCAACAUGUAUAUCUUGAAGCUCAAGUCGAGCCAAGAGCCGACCCGAAUUUGCGAAUUGAGUGGUUUAAGAAUGGAAUUUCGCUAACCACCGGUACUCGAAUUCGUAGUACUUUUGAUUUCGGUCUAGUGACUUUGUCUAUCAACGGUUUGAGAGAUGAUGACUCUGCAAUUUACACUUGCAAAGCUACAAACCUGCUUGGGGAAGCUAUUUCAACUUGCACCCUUAAAAUUGAGGACCGUCAUUGGUUGCUGGGACAAACCCUUCACCCUGAUGCCAUACCAAAACUCGAAGCUUUGGAACGACCACAGGAACCACGAGUCGAACAACCGGAACCUAUUUACGAACUCCCGAUCUUUAUCAGCCAUUUGAAUAAUGUUGAAUGUAUGGAAGGUGAUAAUGUCCACUUUGAAUGCAACGUGGAACCAUCCAAAGACCCCACACUCAAAAUUGAAUGGUUCAUUAACGGUAAACCACUACCAUCGGGUACCAAAUAUAAAUCAACUUAUGAUUUUGGGUACGUUGCACUGGACAUUAACCAUGUCUAUGAACACGACGCUGGAAUUUACACUUGCAAGGCUACCAACAGUAAAGGUUCAGCUACGACUUCAGGUUCCCUCCGUGUCACCUCUAAAACAAAUAUUUAUUUGGAUACUCAACAUCCUCAAGGUAAAUCAGGGCUUGAAGCAAUUGAAGACACUGAACGAGCCUUUGCUGCAAAGUACCAACGCGCAGAUAGUACCCCUGACACCGAAUUCGGUAAACCAAUAUGGACCAUCCCCCUUAACCCCGAGUUCAAACUGGUCGAAGGUCAACCAUUGCGUUUGGAAGGUACCGUCGAGCCGAAAAACGACCCCAACCUCAAAAUUGAGUGGUUCUUUAACGGCAAAUCUUUGGAUCAUGGUACCAGAUUCAAACUUACCAGCGAUUUUGGUUUUGUCACCCUUGACCUUGUCGACGUUUACGAAAGAGACCAAGGUAUUUACACUUGCAAGGCUUCGAAUAAGUCCGGGGAGGCCUUUACUUCAACCACUAUCUAUUGUACCAGUAAAGCCAAUUUGAUCGAGCGUACUCAACACCCCAAGGGUCAAGAAGGGUUGGAGAAAAUCCAAGAUUUGGAAGAUUCGCUUAAUAGACCAGAAGCCCAAAUUCCGGAAAAGGACGAAGGGCAUGCACCGGUUUUCACAUCCGAAUUCACCAACUUGACGAAUCUGAGCGAAGGCGAGAUUGCGCAUUUCGAAGCUGGGCUAACACCAAUCGGGGACCAGACGAUGGUAGUGGAAUGGUUCUACAAUGGAAAGACCAUUGAAGCUUCCCAUCGUUUCCGCACAGUCCAUGCUUUCGGAAUGGUGGUUUUGGAAGUCCUAGGUUGUAAAAUCGAGGAUUCUGGGACUUAUACCUGCAAGGCUACUAAUAAAUGGGGAAAAGCCGAACAAAGUGUCACACUUGAAUGCACCGAAAAGAUUAAGGGACAGAAGCCCAAAUUUACAACCCAAAUUCAGAACAUUGUGGGACUCAAGGAUGGCCAAUCGGCCCACUUUGAGUGUACGUUGGUACCGGUGAAUGACCCCGAUUUGAAAGUCGAGUGGUACCAUAAUGGUCAACAGAUUUUGCAAUCUUCACGUAUCAAGACUGUUUCUGAUUUCGGUUUUGUCGUUAUGGAUAUUUCCUACAUCCAAGACCACGAUUCUGGCGAGUAUGUGUGUCGUGCGUACAACAAAUAUGGCGAAGAUUUCACAAAAGCAACAAUUUCGGCACAUGGCAAAAGCGGAGUUUUCUCUGAAAGUCUCCAACCUGACUCUUUGGCCAAAAUCCGCGAAUUGGAAAGUUUACAAGGACAACAAGCACAAGUACCCACCACUCCAGUGACAGAACCACCGAAAUUUAUAACCCAAAUACAAGAUGUUACUAAACUUGUUGAGGGACAAAGUGCCCACUUCGAAGCAAGACUUACACCAGUUACGGAUCCUGACCUUGUAGUCGAUUGGUAUUACAACGGGAAAAAGUUGCCACACGGUCAUAGAUACCGCACUUUCCACGAUUUUGGUAUCGUCAUUCUUGACAUUUUGUAUUGCUAUGAAGAGAAUUCCGGUACUUAUGAAUGCAGGGCUUAUAAUAAAUAUGGUGAAGAUAGUACUAAAGCCACCUUGAAAUGCGUCUCGAAGGCGAACUUAAUCCUGGACUCGCAACUGCCGCGGGGCAUGGAAGGCGGAUUGGAGAAGAUCCAGACCUUGGAAGAUUCCUUAACCCGCCAGCGCGACGAGAAAGUAACAGAAGAAAAAGGCAGAGCCCCUGUUUUUACAGUACCACUUACCAACAUCGACAGUCUCCGUGAGGGCGAAAGCGCCCACUUUGAAGCUCGACUAAUCCCAACCGACGAUCCAAAACUCAAAGUCGAGUGGUUCUGGAACGGAAAACCUCUACGAACCGGUUCACGGUUCCGUACUUUCUGCGAUUUCGGUUUCGUCAUACUUGAAAUAUCACCAGUGUAUCCGGAAGACUCCGGCGAGUACUCCUGUCGAGCCUUCAACGAAUACGGUGAAGCCGUAACAACAGCCUCCAUGAAAGUUCAAGGCAAGAGAAGUAUCAUCCUUGAGUCACAACUACCCAAAGGCAUGGAGGGUACUAUUGACAAAAUCGCGGAGUUAGAAGGCCUUGGAAUGGUACCAUCGCAAGCCACGGUUGAUGACGAUACUGGACGACCACCAGAAUUUAUCACAACUCCCGCAGAUUUGACACUUGGUGAAAACUCCUUAGCACAUUUCGAAUGCAAGUUGAUUCCAGUUAAUGACCAAAGUAUGCGAGUGGAAUGGUUCCAUAAUGGUAAAGCAUUAUGGGCCGGAUCUAGAAUCAAAACCAUCAACGAUUUCGGGUUUGUUAUUCUUGAAAUUUCCGGUGUCUAUCAACGAGAUUCUGGUUUGUACACUUGCAAGGCUACCAACAAACAUGGUGAAGCUACAGUUUCCUGUAAAUUGCAAGUGAGGGGUCGUCAAGGCAUCAUUCUGGAACCCCAAUUACCAUCAAACUUCAGAACCGGGACUGAGAGUAUCCAAAAACUGGAAGAAACUCUUUACAAACGCGAAGAAAUAACAACAGAAGAGGAGAAACCGAACCCUCCACGUUUCAUUGUUGAAAUUAAGGAUAACUUGGAUGUUCCUGAAGGAGGUCCGGUACACUUUGACUGUCGCGUGGAACCCACAAACGACCCAACAAUGCGUAUUGAUUGGUUCCACAACGGACGACCGUUUGCGACCGGUUCAAGGGUGCACCAAAUAAACGAUUUUGGGUUCAUUUCUCUAGAUAUUGACUAUACUUACUCGAGAGAUGCUGGAGAGUACAUUUGCAGGGCUACCAACAAGUGGGGUUCUGCAACUACUAAAGCCACAGUGACAUCAAAAUCAAAACGUACCAUCGACUAUGAGUCGCAACUUCCUGCCGGUAUGAGUGCCGAAAAACUUAAAGAAUUAGAAAAAGGAAAAGUUGAAGAGAAACACCAAGAGGAAAAAACAUACUCUCCGCCUAAAUUUAUCACACAUAUCGAGUCUACGACGGUGGAGGAGUCCGAAUCGGUCCGAUUUGAAUGUCGGGUAGAACCUAAAGAUGACCCGAAGUUGCGUAUCGAGUGGUACCGCAACGGUAAAUUGCUACCAUCUGGUCACAGAUAUAGAACCGUCUAUGACAUGGGAUUCGUCUCCUUAGACAUUCUCUACGUCUACUCUGAAGAUUCGGGAGAGUAUGUUUGCAGAGCUGUUAACGAUUAUGGCGAGGACUUUACCAAAGCCAACAUAACGUGCAAGAAGCUACCAAAUAUCAUCCUCCAAAAUCAAGUACCCAAAGGAAUGAAAAAGUCUGAAACUCUCAUGCAAAUGGAAGCCGCCAUCAAAAAGUACACCUCUGAGGUACAUUUAACUGAAGAAGAUUUGUACGACGCUGACAAAAAGCAACCACCACGGUUUGUCACCCAAAUCCAAAGCCAAGAGACCUUAGUUGAGAUGCAAACAACUAAAUUCGAGUGCCAAUUAGCCCCAGUUGGGGACCCCAAUAUGAAAGUCGAGUGGUUCUUUAACGGAAAGCCUCUCCCUCAUAAAAACCGUUUUACUCCCAUCUAUGAUUUCGGUUACGUCGCCAUGAACUUCGGUUGGGUUUACCCUGAAGACAGUGGCGAGUAUCUCUGCCGGGCUACUAAUCUCUACGGUAUGGACGAAACCCGAGCUAUAAUCAAGACUGCUGGUAAACCUGGAAUUAUCUAUGACUCUCAACUACCCAAAGGAAUGAAAAGUAUUGAGAAAAUCCGGGAACUUGAAGCUGCCUGGCAAGUGGUUCCGGAAGAAGCCGCUGAAGAGAGUAAACCUCGUUCAGCUCCGAUUUUUGUAAGCAAACCGGAACCUUGCACCGUCCAAGAGGGAGAAUGGGCUCGGUUUUGCUGCCGAGUCACCGGUCAUCCGCGUCCAAGAGUUAUGUGGUUGAUCAAUGGUCAUACUGUUGUCAACGGAUCAAGAUACAAGUUGACCUAUGACGGGAUGUACCAUAUGGAUAUUCCAAAGACCCGUCAAUAUGACACCGGGAAAGUGGAAGUGAUCGCCCGCAGUUCAGUGGGAGAGGCUAUAGCCGAAACGGAAUUGAAGGUCAUUCCUAGACAAGAUGAUUACAGAGGGGUUCUUAAGAAUUCACCAAGACCCUGGUACGACCUCGAAUUGGCUCAGUACCAGAAAGAACGAUCUGAAACCGAACUUGAAAAAAUUUUCGACGAACGCAACACAAUCCAACGCGAGCAAGGUAUCAACGUCACCGGCAUUCACGUCCAGCCUAAAGAUUUCAAAGAAGAAGAAACAGAAUGGCAAAAAUCAAUCAAGAACAAGAAAACUGAAGAUUACUACUCCAAAAUUCAAGAACUGGAAAAUGAGCAAGUCACCAAAGAAAUCAAACUGCGUGAAUCCUCUCACCAGUUUGCCAUUCCUGGGGAGAAGAUUGUCUCAAGUUCGCUUGCUAAAGGGAUGGCUCAAAAAUAUCAAGAAAAUUUGGAAGAAAAACCGGAAAAAGUUGACCUCAGACCCAUCCCUCACAUACCCAAAGCGGAGCAAAAAGUCACCCCUCACCGCGACCAAGUCCAAUUACGUAAAACUGACAAAGGAAAAGAAGUUCAAGAAGAACGCGAAGUUAUUGUUGAUUCGAAAAAAGGGGCUUAUCCGCCUGAUCCGACCGAAUCUGCAGUUCAUGGUAGAGAAGUUUACGUGACGAAACAACGCCAAACACAGAGGGAAAACGUGGGAGAUAAAGAAAUAACAAGACACAUCACAGCUACUGAAACCACCGACGUCGAACAUAAAGCCAAAACGCAAGAGAAACUAGUUCAGGGACAAGUACUACCAAGCAAUCCUCCUGUCUUCACCAAGAAGAUUCAGCCUUGUUUGGCCUUUGAAAACACUUCUGCCCGAUUCGAAGUCGAGUUUGAUGGAGACCCGCUACCGAAAAUCACCUGGUACCGCGAGAAUUUCCCCAUUACGAGUUCCCCUGACUUGACCAUUUACACAUUUAGUACCAAAUCGAUAUUGGUACUUCGUCAAGUCUUUGUGGAAGACUCUGGAGUCUUUAGUGUCGUUGCAGAAAACCGAGGAGGUACUGCAAAAUGUAGCGCCAAUUUGGUGGUGCAAGAGCGACGUAGCCAGGCACGUGGCGGUGCUGCAGUACCACCUAGUUUUGUCACAACUAUCCAAAGUGCUAGUGCCAACGUGGGUCAAUUGGUGCGAUUUGAUGCCAGAAUCAACGGUACUAAACCGAUCGAUGUCUAUUGGUUGAAAAACGGCAAGAAAAUCUCUUCUGAUAUCCGUUACAAGACUUUGGAAGAGGACGAAGUUUAUACUCUUCUCAUCAUAGAAGUAGUACCUGAAGAUUCAGGCAAAUACGAGUGCGUGGCUAUGAACAGUGCCGGGGAAGCCCGUUGCGAAGCUGACUGUCAAGUGACUCGUCCUGCCACCCCCUCAAAACCCGCCAAACCUACCACCCCCACCGGUGAAAAGGCCCCCAGCAUCGUUGAGCCUUUGAAAGACCAGAAAGUCCGCGAAGGCCAAGCUGUGGCUUUCCGAUGCAAAAUCACUGCCAAGCCGGCUCCAACUAUCAAGUGGCAAAAAGGCGAUAAGAUUAUCAAACCGUCCAAAUACUUCCAAAUGGUCAAAGAUGGGGAUUAUUACACUUUGAAGAUUUCCGAAGCGUUCCCGGAGGAUGAAGGUGUUUACAAAUGUGUGGCUUCGAAUCCGGCUGGUACUGUUACGCUGCAAGCAAAUUUGAAAGUACUGGCGCCUGAAACGCAAGAAGUAGCUCCGUCUUUGACGCCCAUGAAGGAUGUUAUUGUGCCGGAGGGAAGUCCAGCUCAGUUUAAGACGACGGUGACGGGGAAGCCGAAGCCGACGGUGCAGUGGCUGAGGGAAGGGUUCCUAAUUCCAGAUUCGCCAGAUUUCCAGAUGAUCCAUGAGGGCAACAACGCCGUCCUCCUGAUCUCCACGACCUACGAAGAAGACUCUGGGACUUUCACCUGCAGGGCGACCUCCUCGGCCGGUCAAGUCGAGCGAUCGGCCAAACUGAUCGUCAAAAGCCGUCCUGGAACAUACCGCAAACCAGCAACCACUGACUUAUCUCCCAAAGACUUCUCCAAAGCUGCGAAACAGCCUCAAGCCGGCCCUGGCCCUGGCCCUGGUGGCCCGGGCCAAACUUCACAAAAAGCCGUUUCUGGCUCAAAAGGUGGCGUGCAGCAACCCGUCGAUCAAGAUGAGUUGCCUAUGGGUGACGAAACGUUACCUUGGCGACAAGUACACAAAAAGCCUCAAAAAAUUGCAGGUGUUGAAGAACAGAAACCACAACAAGCUCAACCCUGGACACAACAACAAAUAACUUUGAAGAAAACGCAAAGACAGACUAAAGAAAUUGUAAAGGAGCAAAUUGAAGAUGUGCAAUUGAAACCUUCCAGGAUUCAGAGUAAAGAAGUUGAGAAGGUUGAGUUGGAGAAAGUUGAUCUCAAACAUAGGACCAAAGUAAUGACUACAAAAAAGACUGAAGAGAUUUCUUCUUUGGAUAGGAGAGUUGAUACUGAAGAUACGACUCUAUUGAGUGUUGAUGAGAAAACUAAAACUGAUAAGACUGAAAAAUUGGAAACAAAAGACUGGCGAGGACCUCGAAAAGAUAUAAGACGGGAUGUUGAAGAUACAACUUCGUUGUCUGUGGAAAAAAGAGAAAAGAUUGAAAUUGAAAAACAAGCCGAAUCUAGGGAUUGGCGAAGCCCUAGAAAAGAAGACACAAGUCUAGAAAGAAAGAAAUAUGUUGAAGAUACAACUUUAUUGUCAUUAGAUGAACGAGAGAAAGUAACAGAGACACAGGAAACAAAAACUCGAGAUUGGCGUAGACCUCGAAAAGAAGAUACAAGCAUAGAAAGACAAAAACAUGUUGAAGAUACAACUAUGUUGUCGGUUGAAGAAAGAGAAAAAGUAACUGAGAAGAAAGAAUCUGAAACUCGAGGUUGGCGUAGACCACGGAAAGAUGAUACAAGUGUUGAAAGACAAAAACAUGUCGAAGAUACAACUUUGUUAUCAGUUGAAGAAAGAGAAAAAGUAACUGAGAAGAAAGAAUCAGAAACUCGAGGUUGGCGUAGACCACGAAAAGAUGAUACAAGUGUCGAAAGAAAACAAUCCGUUGAAGAUACAACUUUGUUAUCAGUUAAAGAACAAGAAAAAACCAACGAAGCCGAAACAAGAGGUUGGCGCAGACCUAAAAAGGAAGAAAUUAAGCAUGUUGAAGAUACAACUUUGAUAUCAACUGAGAAAGUUGAAGAAGAAACUAAGCCUUGGCGCAAACCUCGAAAGAGUGUAGAUUUGGUUCAAGAGCAAGAAGAAUCAAUCCCAUGGAAUAAACAAGAAAUUAAACUAAAACCGGCACCUAAAGAGAAGAAAGAUAUCCCUAAAGAAAAACUUGAGGAAAUUCAAUUGAAACCGACAAGACGUGACAGCAAAACCAUUCCAAAAGAAGAACUGGAAGAUGUUGACUUGAAACCUCUUUCUCUUCAAAAGGCAAAACCUAUUGAAUCUGACCAACUGGAUAGAGCACAAGUUGAAGAAACUAAAGAAACUGUAAAGGUUGAAGAAAAACCUAAAAGGAUAGAAAAGAAAGAAGAACCUGUUCCUUGGACUCAACAACCUAUUACUCUUAAAAAAGCUCCAAGAGAGCCGAAAGAAGUACCAAAGGAAAAAAUUGAAGAAAUUCAAUUGAAACCUACACGACGUGGUAGCAAACCUAUUCCAACAGAGGAAUUGGAAACAGUUGAUUUAAAACCUGUUUCUCUUCCAAAAGCAAAACCUAUUGAAUCUGACCAACUGGAUAGAGCACAAGUUGAAGAAAUUAAAGAAACUGUCAAGAUUGAAGAAAAACCUAAAAGGAUGGAAAAGAAAGAAGAACCUGUUCCUUGGACUCAACAACCCAUUACUCUUAAAAAAGCUCCAAGAGAGCCGAAAGAAGUACCAAAGGAAAAAAUUGAAGAUAUUCAAUUGAAACCUACUCGGCGUGGUAGUAAACCUAUUCCAAAAGAAGAAUUGGAAACGGUUGAUUUAAAACCUGUUUCUCUUCAAAAAGCAAAACUUGUUGAAACUGACCAAUUGGAUAGAACAGAAAAAGGACAAGACGCAGAAACUAAAGAAAUUACAAAAGUUGAAGUAAAACAAGAAAAACCCAAAGUAAUAGAUAAGAAAGAAGAACCUGUUCCUUGGACUCAGCAGCCUACUACUCUUGAAAAAGCUCCAAGAGAGAAAGAAGUACCGAAGGAAGAAGUUGAAAAAAUUCAGUUGAAACCUACCCCACGUGGUAGUAAACCAAGAGAAGAAUUGGAAACGGUUGGGUUAAAACCACUUCAAAAAAUCGAUCUAAGUGAAACAGAUAAGAUAUCUCAAGCUCAUGUUGAAGAUACCACUAUUCUUAAAAUUGGUGAAAAAGUUGAUAAAACCGAGAAAACCAAAACUAAACAAUGGCGUACAAUGAAAAAGGAGGGUGAAACGGAAGAAAUUAUUAAGGUGGAAGAAGAUGAGCAAAUACCAAAAGUUGAACAAAUACCUUGGAACAGACAAGAGAUUACUCUUAAAAAGACUCCUCGGGAACAAAAGGAAACACCCAAAGAGAAAGUUGAAGAAGUACAACUUAAACCUACAAGACGUGGAAGUAAACCUAUACCAAAAGAAGAAUUGGAAACUAUUGAUCUUAAACCGAUUUCUCUUCAAAAAAUUAAACCGACGGAAACUGAAGAAUUGGUAAAAGCACAUACUGAAGAUAGUGCGAUUUUACAUAUUGACGAAACGGUUGAAGAAACAGAUAAAAUAAAGAAAAAACAUUGGCGAAAGAUUCGUAAGGAAGGUGAAGAACAAGUUGAGGAGAUUGAAGAAAUAGUUCACAAGGAGCCUGAAGAAAAACCCAAGGAUAAAAAAGAAGAACCAAUUCCUUGGCAUAAACAAGAAAUUGUUCUUAAAAAGGCACCUCGACAACCAAAAGAAGUGCCAAAAGAAAAGGUUGAAGAUGUACAAUUGAAACCAACUCGACGUGACAGCAAGACUAUACAAAAGGAAGAAUUGGAAACAGUUGAUUUGAAACCUGUAUCUCUUCAGAAGAUUAAACCUGAAUUGGUUGAAAAGAAGGUUGAUAAAGCGUUUGUUGAAGAUAAGACAAUUUUAAAGGUUGGCGAAAAGGUAAAAGAUACAACUAAGAAAGAAGAAACUACCGAAUCAAAGAUGCAGCGGAUAAUUAAACAAGAUGAAAUUCAAGACAAAGAAAUUAUUCAGGAAAAGCAACAUGUUGAAGAUGAAACAAUGCUUGAAAUUGAUCAGAGAGAACAAAUACAAAAGAAAGAUGAAGUGCGUCCUUGGAGAAAACCUAAGCAAGAAGAACAGCCUAAACCUAGGUCGCCUAGUGAGGAAGAAAUGCCUAAACCUAGCUUGCCGACUGAAGAAGAAAUUGAAAGCACUGAAGAAAAACUGGAAACAAAAGGAUGGCGACGAGAAAGAAAGCCUAAAGAAGUGCCAGAAAGUACUGAAACGCCACAGCUCAAACCAGGUGUUUUAGAAGAUAAACCAAAACAACAAAAGUUUGUUGAAGAAAAAGAAGAAAUUCCGUGGAAUAAACAAGAAAUAGUGCUUAAACGUAUCCAAAAAGAUAAAAAGGAAGUGGUUAAAGAACAAGAGCAAUUUGCAUUAAAACCUGUAAAGAGAGAAUCUAAAGCUGAAGAAGUAAUUACCAAAGAAGAUGAGAAGGUUCAUCAAAAAGAUAAAGCUUUGAUUGAUAUAAAACAAGAAGAAAAAGUAGUGAUUAAAACUCGGAAACAGGCUGAAAAACCUAAGAAAGAUGAGCUUGUUCAUACUGAAGAUAGCACGAUGAUUGCUGUUUCUGAAAAAGAAAACGUUGAAGAACAACCUCAACCUGAAACAAGAGGCUGGCGAAGACCUAAAAAGGAAGAAAAACCUGUGGAAGGAGAAAAACCAAAGGACACGGUUCACAUUGAAGAUAGCACGAUGAUUGUUGUUUCUGAAAAUGAAAAAGUUGAAGAACAACCUCAACCUGAAACAAGAGGCUGGCGAAGACCUAAAAAGGAAGAAAAACCUGUGGAAGGAGAAAAACCUGUGGAAGGAAAAAAACCAAAGGACACGGUGCACAUUGAAGAUAGCACGAUGAUUGAUGUUUCAGAAAAAGUUGAAGAACAACCUCAACCUGAAACAAGAGGCUGGCGAAGACCUAAAAAGGAAGAAAAACCUAUGGAAGGAGAAAAACCAAAGGACACGGUUCACGUUGAAGAUAGCACAAAGAUUGAUGUUUCAGAAAAAGUUGAAGAACAACCUCAACCUGAAACACGAGGCUGGCGAAGGCCUAAAAAGGAACAAAAAUCUGUGGAAGAAGAUAAACCAAAGGAUAAGGUUCAUGUUAAAGAAGAGAAACCAAAAGAAGAAGAAAAACCAAAAGAAGGCGAGAAGUCUAUUGAAGAACUCAAACCUUGGUCCAAACCCAAGCCAGCUCCUGUUGAAAAGGUUGAAGAGGAAGUUGUUCCAUGGAAUAAACAGGAUAUUAUUCUAAAGCGUGCUAAAACUGAGAAGAAACCGAUUGAAAAAGAAUCUUUAGAAGAAGUGACUUUAAAACCAUUUAAGAAACAACUCGAAGAAGCUGGAACUGAGAAAGCUAUACUAGAAGAUAUAGAAUGGACUAAACCAACAGUAACAGAAGAAACUGUUGAAAAACCAUCGAUUGAAAAAGUUAAGCCAUCCGAACCAGCGAUAGAUGAAACAAAAGCUAAAGUCGAAGAGGCAAGACCUUGGCGUAAACCCAAAGCAGCACCUGCCGAAAAAGUUGAAGAAGAAAUUGUUCCUUGGAAUAAGCAAGAAAUUGUUCUCAAACGUGCCAAACUUGAAAAGAAACCGAUCGAAAAAGAGAGUCUAGAAGAGGUUGCUUUGAAACCAUUUAAAACUAAGAUUGAGGAAGAUGUUCCUGAAGAAAGUAAACCUGAUCUUAUUACAACAACUGAGAAAUCUGAAGUUGUUGACAAACCAUUCUCUAAAAGAGAUAAACCCGGCAAAAAACUUAUUGAUCUUCCAGUAGAGGAAGUAACUCCUCAAAUUGAAGAAAUUUCAGAGAAACCUGAAGAAUAUUCAGACAAACUUAAACGAAUUUCUAAAAAACCUAAAGAUAUUCCUGAAAAGCCUGAAACAGAGCAACUUCAAGUUCCUUGGACGCAAGAAGCCCUUAAGCUGAAGAAAACUCCUAAAGUUCAAAAACAAAUUGAAGAACAACAAUUAGAAACAGUUAGUUUGAAACCAAUACCUAAAUCGACUGAACAACCUCAACAAGCUGAGAUAUCUGAAGAAGAAGAAGAAGAGGAAGAUGAAGAAAUUCAACCGUCACUAGACAAAGAAGGCAAAGUACGCCAGAUUAAACGAGUAAAGAAAAUAAAGAAGAAGAAACCUAAAGAAAAAGUAGAAGAACAGGUAGUUUCUAAAGAAACUGAAGAGAUUCCAGCACUUGAAAGUGUUGAACAGCCUGAAUCAGUAAUUGUAGAAACUGUUACAGAAGUAGAAGAUGUGGUUGUUCUUAAAGUAGAUGAUAAACCUAAGCCUAAACAUAAGAGAAUUAAAGAGGAAAUUAAAGCAGAAGUACCUGAAGUUAUAAAACUUAAGCCAGUAAAAAAAGGAGAGAAACCUCAGGUUGAAGAACAACUAGAAACAGUUGCAUUAAAACCAGUUCCAAAAUUCACACCUGAAACUGCCGAAGUUUCCACAAUCGAAAAGAAACCUCGACGAAAGAAGUACAAAGAUGUAGAACUUCCUGAAGACGGCGAACGUUACGUCCCUGAAGAAGUCGAAAAAGUUGAAUUUGACGAAAAACCAAAAGAAAUUGAAGAGAAAGCAGCACUACCAUGGCGAAGGGAAUCUAAGCCCAAACCUGAAAUUUCCGAAGAAGAAAAAGCGCCACUUAAAAUCGGUAAAGGUAAAAUACCAAAAGAUAAAGAUGAGAAGGAAGAGAUUCGUCUCAAACCAGUAAAGAAAGAUAAACCGGUAGAAGAAAAACCAACAGAACCUUCAAAACCAUUUAAACCAGAAGAUACUGGAUUUGUUCCAUCAGAAUUCGAACGCAAGAAGUUUGAACCGACACCAAAAGAACGUGAAGACAAACCAAAAGAAGAACAACCGGAAGAAAUUGUUCCUGAAAAGAAACCAAGUGAACCUCAACUUGAAGAAACAGUAACAACAUCUUGGAGACGGCAACCGAAACAAAAGAUUGAAGAAGUGCCUGAAGAGAAAGAGUGGCCAAGGGGAAAACCAAAACCCCAAAAAGACGAAAAGCCUGAACCGAUUAAACUCAAACCGUUCAAAAAGGAAAAACCGGAAGAACCGGUACAAAAAGUUAUUCUAGAAACAGUAAAGUUGCAAGAACCAGUUGUUACAGUUUUGGAAGAAAGAGACGACGGUCUUAAAUUUACACCACACGAUCGUGAAGAACAACCAGAAGAGGAGAAAGAAAAGAAGAAACGUUAUAAGAAACGACCAAAAGAAAAAGAGGAAGUGAAGCCGGAAGAUUUGGCACCAGUUGAAACUACUCCUACAGAACAGCCGGAAGUUAGACAAUGGCGUAGAGGCAAACAAUUGCCUAAACCAGAAGAAGAACAACCAGAAAUUGUAACCUUGAAACCAAUUCCGAAAAAACAAGAAAUCAGCCAACUUGAGCAACCUGAACAACCUGAUGUUAAAGAACAGAAAAUCAAAACUCAAAAGGUGAUCAGAAAGUCCAAAUCUCAUGUUCUUCCGGAAGACAAUGAAGGAACAGAACUUAUCCCUGAUGAAGAAAAGCCGGAAUUAAUACCAACAAAAUUAGAAGAAGUUCCAGAAAAAGUCCAGGAAGCAGUCACGACUCAAGAAUCGGUUGCUCAAAUCACUCUCGCCGAACGCAAAAUUGAGAAGGUUGAAGAACAGAAAGAAGAAAAAGUCACCGAAGAUGAAGAAAUCCGCUUCCAGAAAGCAAUGAACGUUGCUGUUGUUUCUAAAAAGAAAACAACAGCUCAAAGGAUUGUCCGAUUUGACGAUUACGGCCAGCCAAUCCCAGAACUUGAAAUUAUUUCACAGAAACGGAUAACCGAAGGUAUUGACAAGGUUCCUGAGGAACCUCUUCAGGAAGAUGUUGAUAUUCAUGAAGAGAAAACUGUUCAUAAAUCAAUUGUUCAAAAAACUAUUAGAGAAAGAACUAAACGCAAAACUGUUGCACCGAAGUUUAUCAAAAGGGUUGAGCCUGUGGUUUCUGAACCUGACAAACCGACACAACUCGUUUGCCAAGUUGAGGGAACACCAUUCCCUGAAAUAGCUUGGUACAAAAAUGAGGUACUUAUGCACGCCACUGAGAGAGUCUUCUGGAACAUUGUGGAAAAUACGGUAACUUUGGAGUUUGCUAAAGUCGAACCCCAGGACAUUGCUGUUUAUUCCUGCAAGGCCACAAAUCCGGCUGGAGUCGCCACUUCGACUGCAAAUCUUGUCAUUUUAGAAAAAGAAGAAAGCGGUGUUGCUCCUCACUUCGUAGAACCUCUUAAACCGCAAAUCAUCGAAGAGAAGUCCAAAGCGGUUCUUCGGUGCAAAGUCAUAGGUCAACCAACCCCGCAAGUCAAGUGGUUUAAAGACAACAAGGAGGUGGUUCCAACUCGCAGUCACCAAGUCAAUUACAACCCCCAAACUGGGAUUGCAACCCUUGAAAUUCUCAAACCGACCUCCGAAGACGAGAAAAUCUUUACUGUCAAAGCGGAUAACAAGUUUGGCCAAGCUGAAUGUCGCGCCAAUCUCGUCAUCUCUAAGGCAGUUACAGUGACACAACCCUUGGUCAUGAAAGCCCCUACGAUUAUUAAACCGGUGGAAGCAGUUAUGGUCAAACCUGAUGAAGAGGUGGUACUUGAAGCGCUCUUCGAGGGUGUUCCAGCGCCUGAAAUCAAAUGGUUCAAAAACAAUAAAGAAAUCAAACAAGAUGAUGACUAUGAAGUUGAGACAAAAGACAAGAAAACUAUCCUCAAAAUCAAAAAGAAGGUCAAAAAGAAGGGUGGGAAAUACGAGGUUCAUGCAACGAACCCCAAAGGGGAAGUCCGUACUUCGGGUACUGUAACUGUCACUCAAACCAUCACUCAGGAAGCCCAACCGCCCAAAUUCCUCAAACCGAUUAACCCACAAUAUGCAACAGUUGGCGAAGUGGUCAUACUCGAGGCCACAGUCGAGUCGAUUCCUCCUGCGUCGUUCCAGUGGUUCCAAAAAGUGACUCCUAUUAUUUCAACACCUGAGAUGAAAAUCGUCUCAGAGGAAAACCGGUCCACUUUAAUCCUAACUGAUGUCACUCCUGAGCAAGCCGGUACUAUUACCUGCAGGGCCGAAAAUGCCGUCGGUUCAGUCACUUGCACUGCCUCUCUUAACGUAGUCGACGAAAUGGAAUGGGAAGAGACUCGAGAAAUGGCGUAUCCAAGAUUCGUCAAACCUUUGACACCAAUAAGUGUCAUGGAUGGCGAAAAAGUGACUUUCAGUUGUGUGGUCACUGGCAAACCAACACCCAAAGUCCAGUGGUACCACAACGACCAGCCUGUCAAAGAAGCCAAAGACGUUGUUAUAUCCCAAACUAGUGAAGGAGUAUGUCAAUUGGCUAUUUCUGAAGUGUUUCCUGAAAAUGCCGGAAUUUACACUUGUCGAGCAGUCAACAAAGUUGGUGAAGCGAUCUGCAAGUCAUCUCUCAUUGUUGAAGCUUAUGAAUACGUUCCUGAUUCGGAAAUUGUCCACUUGACCGGUUCUGAGGAAGACCUCCUGGCCGACAGAACUAUUAGUGAAGGUCCCCUCUCCGACAGCGACACUGAAUGUGCCCCCAAAAUCAUCAAAAAACUACCACAAGUCGUAUCGACGAAAGAUGGCGAUGUCACACGACUCGAAGUCAAAGCGGUCGGAAAACCCAAACCUGAAGGCAAAUGGUUGAAACAAGGGACAGAAAUUGUACCAUCUCGCGAGUUCCUGAUCGAAAAUUUUGAAGAUGGAACUUCUAUUCUCACAAUUUCAGAGGUGUACCCGGAUGACACAGGUGAUAUCGUCUACGAAGCCCAAAACCCGCUCGGAGUUGCAGUCACAACCACACAAUUACUUGUAGAGAGUACUGAAGGUAUCUUGGGUACUAAGGAGUACCGCAAACCCGAAUGGGUUACCCACAUGGAGGAGCUCCAAGCGGCUUUGAAAGCUUCUCAAAGUCCGCCAACUUUCAUACAAGAAAUCACAGAUGUCCGAACUUCUGAAACUGAAACCAUCAAGUUUGAGUGUCUAUUUUCGGGAACCCCUACUCCAGAUAUCAUCUGGUACCACAAUGACAAAAUCGUGCGAAACACUGAUAAAGUCAAGGUUCGCAUCGAAGACAACAAGACUUCCUGCACCAUCACCGAGGUCACCAAGGAACACGAAGGUACUUACGUGUGUAAGGCAGUAAGCGACGUCGGUUUGGCCGUCACCAAGGCCAAACUCUACGUCAAGGAAGUACCAGAAGAAAAGAAGAAAGAACUCCUAAUCAAGAAAGCCCAAGAACGUGAAGAGAAAGUGAAGAAAGAACGAGUCACCAUCGAGAAAAAACGCACCGAGCGUCACCGGAAGAAAGUUGUUGAAACUCGCGAAGAAGAAACCAAACCCUUGGAAGUAAGUGAAGUUACCACAAUCGAAACUACGGAACAGAUCCAAGUCCAAGAACCCAAACCCGAAACUGCUACUCCCAAACUCGACAUCCAAAAGCCUCUCAAAACCGAAGCUGUUGCUUCAUGCAAGAAAAUUGAUGAUACAACUGAAGUGAUUGAAGAAGAAAAGGCUAAAACCUUGUUGUCUCCAACCGAACCGAUGGUGUCUGAACUGAUCCAGCCUGGGGAGACUGUCAAGGAUAUUACCCAAACCAGGCCACAGACUCGAAGAGCUAGAACUGAAAUUGAAGAAACAAUCGCCGAAUUUGCCAACAUUACGGAAGUCAAGUUAGAAGAAGUAAUCGAACGUGUGGAAAAAAUCAUCAGAAAGAGCGAAAUGAAAAUGGCAAAGGAAGUCACCGAAAUGUUGGAUUUCAUCAAUGUCAAGCAGUUCGGACCUGGGGAGCAUCCUCUAAGAGAAAUUGCCGAAAUAGGGUACUUACUGAAGAAUGGAAUUACGACGAAAGAAGUCACAGUUUUGUAUCACGAAAACAAAUUUCCGUCUUUGACCAGUCCUCAAGCACAGUCAGCUUUGGUCAAUGUGGUCGAAAGGAAGGGUCAUGGUGCCCUUAUUUCUGAAGUUUUGACCGAAGAAACGACAAUUGAUGAGAAGCAAUUAGCCGCAACUGUAGGAUUUAGAGCCCUUAUGAAGAUGGUGGAGUCAAAUUAUGUCACUAUUGAAGAAGUGAUCACUAGUUUUACACCGGAGGAUUUCAUCCAAAGGGCUUGGGAGUCAUCUGAAGUAACAGAAUCUGUCACCAAGGCAUCUUUCAAAGAAAUGGUCACAAUUAAAGAAGAAGUUGAAGUAUUCGAAGACACAACAAAAGUCGUUAAGAAAAAGGGUAAAAAAGAAACUGAUGAAGUUGAAAUCGUUGAAAUUGAAGCAGAACGCAGCAUCAAAGGCACCACACAACACGAUGACAAGCUCACAAUUACUGAAUUGCCCGUUGAACAACCAGAACUUGAGUCCGUUGCGCCUUGGCGCAGGAAAAAAGAGCAAAAAGUCGAGGUCAAACGUCGCAAAGAUAUUGAAAUUGAGGAAGAAGAGGAAGAAGAAGCGGAAAAAGCAAUCGCUGGUCGCAAAAUUAAAGCACAUAGGCCCAAAGUUGGCGAGUAUGACAUGGACGAGGAAGAAUACGAUGAAAUUGUUCCUUUUGAUGCCACCAAACAACAACAAAUUCCUCUACACACUUCAGCAGUCUAUUCAGAGACGACCCCGUUAGGUCUUGUAGCUCAAAUCAAACCUGGAGAUGUAGUCGAAUCGAAGGCUAGCGUCGAUCUUUUAACACACUCUGCUAUUAUGGAGCAUCAAAUCCAAGCUGAGGAAAAGGAAAUCAUAGGAGAAAAAGUCACUUCAGCGAGUUUCGUAGCCAAAAAAUCAAUCGAUACGCGUGAGGCUUACGAAGUCAGCGAACAAGAUGUGCAAAGCAUCCCUGGUCACUUCGAUGGCACUUUCCAACCAACUUUAUCAACAGCUUUCCCUAAAUUUACCUCAAAUAAAAGUAUCUCAAUUCAAGAAGUACAACUCGCAGACACGUCCUCGACUAUCACUAAAGAGGACGCAAAAGAAUUCAAAGCUGAAUUUUCACUACUUCCCCAAGAAGCCAAAGGGGUUUCCGAAGUGGAAGUUUCGCAAAAAGAACAAAAUUUAGACGAAUUUACAAUCCCCAAACCCAGCCAAGCCACUGGUACUUUCACAACGAAAGAGAGCAUCAAUAUCGAAGAAAUCUUCCAGGGAGUCAGCGAAACUGAGCUCGAUAUAACCAAACCAACGUCAGUUAAAGGCAAAGUCAGUAUUGAAACCAAAGAAUCGAUCAUUGUUGAAGAAAUUGAAUCGGAAACUAAGCCCGGAAAACAUCUUCCAGAAGCUUUCGUUCCCACCGAAAUUGCUACUCUUGGAGUCAUCCCCCAAAAAUCACUAACUCAAUCACAAAUGGUAGCCCCUGAAACUGAAGGUGAGUACGUCCCUGGACGGCUCCCUCCAACCCAAAAAGCCGAUUUCAAAGUCACAACAGGAGAAAGUGUAAUUGUUUCUCAAACUUUGCCACAAGACAAGGAAAAUGUCUUUAACAAAGCCCCUAGUCCCGAAAAAGCUUCAGCUACAGAGGAUUUGAUCCUUUCGGAAGGAGUCAGGGUUAGUGUGACCGACUCUCAAAUGCCACAAAAAGAUAUGGAAGAAGAUCUACUCCCUAAAGAAGUAGCAAGUGUUGAAAUUUUACCGAAAGAAACUUUCUCAACUCAAACUACUCUCGCUGUUGAGAGUGAAGGCCGGUACGAAGUCGGGGAUAAACCCAAUUAUAAAACUGCAGACAGUUCGGUGAUUUGUCACGAAGUGACCGAUAUUUCAAUCGUAACGGCUCAAGAGAGCGAAAAUGUGCUAGACUUGGGAGAAAAACCGACUGAAUUACUUGCCGAAACAUCAGUACGGCCUGUAGAAUCCUUGACGAUUUCGGAAAUUCACACUACUGAUGUCCCUGAUGAUUUCACUGAUUAUCCCAAAUUUAAAACUGAUACCGCUAUUCGAGACAUUGAAACUCUCGAAGCGACUCACAUCACUGAGACAAAUAUCAAUGAACGGGAGUCGUCAUACAUCGAGGAUAAACCCGAGUUGAAAACCGCUGAAAGUAAUUUCACCCGGCCCCAAGACCAGGUAGCAGUAACCGAAUUGAAUUAUUUGGAAAGUGAGAGUAAUCUCAAAACUUUUGAAAUGCCCGAAAGUCACAAAAGUAAAGCAAUUACAAGUCACACUCUCCCCACCGGAAUUGUCGAAGAGGUAAAUCCUGAGUAUAGUGCGAGCAAACUUGACGAAACUGGAAUUAAACCUACCCAAGCGGACUUCACCCAAACUCCUCACACCGAAACCAUCAUUUCACAAGCUAUGGUCGGCGAGACUUUCCAAGAUCAGGAUUAUGUGACUCCCGAGGGCAAACAAGCCUCUCUUAUUGUCUCACCUAAAGAAAGUUUGAACAUAUCCGAAGUCUAUACUGAUGACAAAGAGAAGGAAUACAUCCCUGGUGAAAAACCAGCAACUCAACAAGCGACUCUAGACAUUGACACUCAGAAAGUUGCUAGUAAACUCAUCGUCCAGCCUGAUGAUUCGGCCCAGAAGCUCGAAACUUUGCAACCUUCAACUGUGGUUGCAGAAACAGAACAGGACACACUUGAAAGUGUACAAAUAACGCAAUGUCAAGCAGCGGAAAAGGAAGUAGACGAGGUGAAAAAAAUUGAAAUUGAGACUAAGCAAGUCGCUGUUGAUUUGACUGAAGCUCGACAAGGGCCAAAUGUUACUCAAAUUUUCACAAAUGAGAGGGAGGAAGAGUAUCAAGCUCAACCUCAACCUCAACACGGGUUAGCUCUCCCGAAUGUCACUCCACAGGAGGUAAUAGUCAAGUCCGAAAUUGAGACUGUGGUACAUGCUGAUGAGAUAAAAGAAGAGGAGUUACUGACUGGUAAAGCCAAGAAAUAUGCAAAACCAUUUCAGGAAUUGAUAGUCACUGAAACCAACGUUGUUGAUAUUGAGAAAGACUUGCCCAAAGAUAUAAUGCCGUUCAAAAAAUCGGCAAAUGUUAAUAUAAUCCCAGGCCAGCAAUUAUCAGUCACUGAAAUUGUGACAGAUCACAAAGAGCAGCCUUUGGAGGUUUUGAAACCUACAGAAUCCCAGGCUAACAUCGACGUGACUGAAUCCCAAGUUGCCCUUAAGGAAGAAGUAACUCCUGAGAUAAGCCCUGGAGAUUUCUCCAGAGUAUCCCCGGAGAAACAACUCGCCAAAACGGCUCAAGAUAUCUCACAUCCUUUGGUCCAAACCCAUUUUACUCCAGGCGAGAAAGAAAGCCUUCAACCUGCUGAUGUCAAACCGGACCAAAAGCAAGUCACUGUUGAAUUCCUCGAAACCGAGGGUUUGAACGUAACCGAAGUCACUUCAGACUACAAGGAAAAGGCAUUAGAGGAAAUGACUAAACCAGAGGUGGCUUAUGGCGAACAAUCAAUUUCUUCACACGUAAUUGCAACCAAAACGGAAGUCCAACCUGACCACACUAUCGAUAAAUUGACACAACCGGAAGUCACCACAAAACAAGCAACUUGUGACCGUUCCUUGCUUGAAAGUGUAAUCACUGGCGAAGUGAUGAUCCAGGAAAAAGAAUCAGACUUUGCCCAAACCAAAUUUGAUUUAAAAUCAGCUGCGGAAGAUUACACUCUUGGAGAGAGUGUUUCAAUAACUUCUGUCACUACUGCAGAUAAGGAAAAAGAUUUUAAGGAGAAAGAACGCGAGUUUGAAACCGCAGCCCCAAUUUUGUUGCCCCAAGACGAGGUCCAGGUUGGGGAAACCAUCCCAGGGGAUACUCUCGGGGAUUAUGAUAGAUCGUCACCUACUCGGGCCACAGCUCUUAAAACUCAAUCGGAACUACAAAGUAUUAUCAAUCUGGAGGCUGUUAUCGGAGAAUCUGAAGGAGAAUUCACUAAAGACACAAAACCGGAGCAAAAAACAGCAGGUGUUGAGUUUGAGGAAACUAAAACAGCCCUGAUUACGGAAACCUUAACUGUCGAUAAAGAAAAAAUGUAUGAACAAGCCGAAACUGCAACUUCUGGUCAAGCUUCACUAAGCUUCGACGUUCAACCGGUUGCUGAAACUAACAUUGUAGUUGCUGAAAACAUCACUAAGGAUGUGGUCGAAGUUUUGCCACUCUCAGCUAAAGCAAACGUCGAUCAAACUACUUUAGAGAGUGUUAUCCAAUCCGAAUCACUGGUCCGAGACAGUGAAACUCCCUUUGAUCGAACUCCUUUUGAUUUAAAAACCGCAACUAUUGCGUUUAGAGAAGAUACAGGAGUUGUGAUAACACAAACUGACAGUAACGAGAGUGAAACAAUUCUCAAACCCGGAGAAAAACCCGAAGGUAAACACGCAGCUCUAGGCCUUGAGACCUUAGAACUCGUUAUAAAAACCGAAACCGGAGUCAAUGAAACCUUCAAAGACUUGGAAAUACAAAAUCCGGAAACGGUGUCAGCGCAGUCUGAAUUUUCAGCUUUUAAAACCGCUGUUAAUCUUGAAACUGUCCCUACGGAGUCAGAUACACCUCUUGAAAUUUCUAAAACCGAAACUAAAAAUGUUGUAAUUUCGGUCAACGAAGGUCAAAGUGUGAUUGUGCAAACGGUUAUGACUAACGAAGCUGAAAAAGAGUUUGUGAAAGAAACGACUGAUACGAAAAUUGCUGAAGCUAGUUUCGCUGAUAUGAAAGCCGUUGCUGCAACCUGUCAAACCCAAGCUGAUUUAUGUAUCGGGGAUUUGAAACUUGAUAUUAAGGAUACCACAACUGCAAUUUCUGAAACAAUCCCUUACAAUAUCGUGACUCAAACUGAACAAAUUGUAAUCGAUAAAGAGGAAACGUUUGAAAAAGGAGGAAAACCGAGUGAGGUUAUCGCUAGUGUUAACGUUGAACCAGUCGAAGGAAUUGCUAUUUCUGAGGCUACGUUGGGGAUUAAGGAAGACACAUUUGUUCCUCUUGUUUUACCAUCGGAGAAAGUCGCAGUUAAAAGCAUCGAUGUGACUCAUAAAGUCGCGGAACAGACAACAGUAGACUCGAGUGCAGAUAUUGGGAAGUUUGAAAGUACCAAACCUGAAACUCAGCAAGCUUCUGAGAAUGAGGAAGCUCUUGCUAGUUUAAUUGUGAGUGAAAGUGUGACUGAGGAGAGAGAAUCCGAAUUUGAGGGUAAAUUUAAACCGACCACUAGUAAAGUAAAUGUCUCUUUAGAAGAAGGAAAAAAAGUUGUAGAAUCAAUUGAGUCUGUGACUCACGAUAAAGAAGGUUUGGUCAAAGACUUCGACUUGCCUAAAACCCAAAAAGCCACAAGCGGGUAUGACGCAAAACUCGUCCCAGAACAAACACAAAUUCAAUCCGAAAGCGUACCUGGGGAGUUGGUACAAGAAAUACCAUCGACAUCUACAGCCUCUAUUAAACACACAACUCACGAAGUGUUAAUCCAAACGGUACCACUUAUCCAAGAAAAAGAACAAAGCUUUGACCAGAAGCCAGACUAUGUGACUAAGAAAGCUGAAAUUGAAAUCGAAGAAGGCAAAAUAAUCUCAACUUCUGAAAUUAUCCCUGCUGAAAGGGAAAGUUUGUUGGAAGAGCAACGCAAACCGGAAACCACAAGUGCCAGUAUUGACGUCAUCAGCAAUAUUUCAAUGCAAGCCUCCGAGGUUUUAACCAGUAUGCAAGUUGGUGAUUUCGUUCCUGAAAAACCAGGAACCGCGUCUGCUGUUCCUGAACAAAACGUUCUGCAAAGUUUGACUCAAGCUGUAACUGAUGUUAUGGAUACUUUUGGGCAGUUUGAAGGUACUUUUAAACCCACCACCAAGAAAGCUGACACCAAAGUUGAUGUUUUAAGUGAGAUUACCACUAGUGAAACAUACACAGAAGCUCAAGCCGAAGAAUUUACUAAAUUUGAGGCCAAAACUGAGAAAGCCGUAGCCGAGUACGAUGCCACUAGGAAACCACUUCAAGCUUCGGAGGUACUUGUCAGUGAAAAUGUUGGCGAUUUCCAACCUGAAACCAAAGAACCGGUAGUCGGAAGUGUGACUCAGGGAGUACUAGAAGGGGUGAUUUCAUCAGAAAAUAUUGUACACGAAGCUGAAAAAGGUUUCGAUAAAACACCCGACUUUGAUACCAAGAAAGCAACACAAGUGUUUGAUGAAAAAUCCUCAAUAAACAUUACUGAUAUCACAACACAAGAAAAUGAAAGGGAAUUAGUGAGCGACUUCACUAAAGAGGAGAAAUUUGGAAUUUCCAACAUUACCUCUGACUUAACCACUAGUUCUAAAUCAGAAGUACUACUCCAUGAACACAUUGGAAAAUUAAAAACCGAAAAACCAAGCACUGAAACGGCUGAAAUCAGCGAAAGUACUUUGCAAAGUGUUAUAAUUUCGGAGAGAACGGUCCAGGAAACGGAAGUACCGUUCGACAAAACCCCUAUUGAGAGCAAAAGAGGCGACUUAUCGAUAAUUCCGCAAACUCCAGUCUCAAUUACUGAAAUCACAACAACUGACAAAGAAUCUGAGUUUGAGAAAACACCAAGUUUCAAAACAAGCACAGCCGAAAAGUCGAUCAGUCCUCAAGAGGUACCCCAAAUACAGGAAACCACGGUUCAAGAAGCUGUAACUUCUUUAUCUACUGAAAUACCUGAUAAAAGUAAAGCGCAACAAGAGCAUGUCCCUCACAGCACAGUCAGUAUUACUGAAAUCACCUCAAGCGAGAAAGAAGGCGAUUUUAAACGUCUUGAAAAGCCGUCAACACAAAUAGCAGCUUUCGAGUUGGAAGAAACCAGGAGCACUGCUUCCACAGCCCAGGUUGUGACCGACGAAAAGGAAGAAAUGUUUGAAGGGACUUUCAAAUUCAAAACUUUGAAAGCGGACAAAAGUGUUACAUCGCAGGAAGCUCCUUUGAUUGAGGAAGUAACAACAGAAGAGGAUUUAGGAAAAUUGAAAACUGACAUCCCUGAUAAAGAACAAGCUCUUGGGGAGCACAUUCCUCACAAAACUGUCAGUAUAACUGAGAUAACUUCUACGGAAAAAGAAAGUGAUUUCAAACCUGGCGAUAUGCCGGUAACUCAGUCUGCUGAACUGGAAUUAGAAGAAACAAGAAAAACUGCGUCAACUGCUCAAGUUUUGACUCAGGAAAAAGAAGUUUCGUUUGAAGGAACUGUUAAAUUUAAGACUUCUAAAGCUGACAAAACGAUAACACCUCAGGAAGUUCCAAUUAUCGAAGAAGUAAGAACAACGCAGGAUAUAGGAAAGCUGAAAACUGAGAUUCCAGAAAAAGGGGAAGCUUUGCAAGAACACAUCCCUUACACAAGUGUCAGCAUUACUGAAAUAACUUCAACUGAAAAAGAAAGUGGGUACAAACCCGGAGAUAAACCUGCAACCCAACUGGCCGAGUUGGAAUUAGAAGAUACAAGAAAAACUGCGUCAACUGCACAAGUCAUUGUCCAAGAAAAAGAAAGCGUUUUCGAGGACAAAAUCUCUUUCAAAACCAGCAAAGCCGAGAAGACUAUCAUCCCACAAGAAGCUCUAGUAAUUGAAGGGGUGACUUCAGUGGGAGACAUGCCCAAAUUUGAAAUCAAAGCACCUGAACAAGAACACGCCUCUCAGGAACACAUACCUCACUCUACAGUGAGUAUAACUGAAAUAACGUCCACCGAAAAAGAGCAAGAUUUCAAAGCGGGGGAUAAACCACUGACCCAACUCGCAGAAUUGGAGUUGGAGAAAACACGAAAAACUGCCUCAACAACUCAGGUUAUUACUCAGGAAAAGGAAGCUACUUUUGAGGAGAGUCGUGUUAAAACGACCACUGCUGAUAAGACAGUGAGUCCUCAGGAGGCUCCUCAGAUUGAGGAGACUCGAAUUGAGGAAGGUUUAGGGCGUUUUACAACCGAAGUACCCGAUAAAGGGGAAGCUUUACCGGAACAUGUUACACACUCAACUUUGAGUAUCACUGAAGUGACUUUGACUGAGAAAGAGGGUACUUUUAAACCUGGCGAUAAACCGGUCACUCAGCUGGCGGAUUUAGAAUUGGAAAAGACGCGAAAAACGGCUUCGACUGCUGAAGUGGUAACUGAGGAGAAAGUGAGUACUUUUGAGGAGACUUCUCCAAAGUCCUCCAAAGCUGAUAAAACUGUAAGUCCUCAAGAGGCACCUCAAAUUGAGGAAACAGAAGUUCAAGAAGGUUUGAGUAAAUUUAAACCCGAGGUGCCUUCAAAACAACUAGCCGAGUUUGAUUUGCAAGAAGGCAGAAAGAUUGGUCAGAAGAGCCUUGUAAAAACUUUUGAUUCAUUUGAGGAGUUUACUGAGACUGUCCAAGAAACCAGACGAGCUUCACAGGCAACUAUUCCCUUAGAAGGGUUAGUACAAAGUGAAGUCACCGUACAAGGUACUACUGAAAAAAUUCAAAAAGAAGAAACUAGCUUUAAAACUGCUAGUGUUGAUAUUUUGCUCAAGGAAGGUUUAACUGUGACUGAAGUUAACAUUCAAGGGCAGUUAGGUAAAGAAAUUACUGAAGGCCUUGCAAAAGAAUCAACAGCGCAAGAAGAAAUCGUCCAUCGUCCCGUUUCAGUGAAAGAAGAAACGGUUCCUCUUCAAACAAGUGAUGUAUUUACGACUGAGAAACCUAAACUAACGAAAGCUCAAAGUGACUUGACCGAAAAACACGGACUCAUAGUUACUGAAAUGAAAACAACGGGCGAUUUGGAGUCAAUAGACGUGGAAAAAGCAUCAUCAAAGACGGUUAAAGUAGUUUUGGAGGAUGUCGCGAGUUUGGAAAUUAGCGAAGUUCAGUUACAGGAGAAAGAAGGUCCGUUGGAUGAAACAGAACCACACAAAACACGAGCCAGAGUUACACAAACCACAUCUCUAACCCAAAAAGCAGAGCAACACACAUCAAUUAUCCAAAAAGAUGACACACCUCAGCUCCAUACAGAGGAAACACAUGAAAUUAUUACCAAAUUUAAAUCUGUACCAGAUAGUGAUGAAACCACUCAAAUCAUUACUAAAAAAACUAUUAUCAAAAAACGCGAUAAGAAAGCAGAGGAAGGUGAUGUUAUCAUUGAAGAAGUUUUGGAUGAAAUUGCCCCUGAAACAGAAAAAAUUAAACAAAGUCCUCUUAUUGAAGAAAUCGUUGAAGAAGAGGUAAAACCAGAAGUGCUUGAAGACACCGAAACAAAAACUGUAAAGAUUCAGAAGAAAAUUAAGAAGAAAAAAGUGAUUGAAGACACACAGGUUGUAGAGGAAGAAAAACCGAUCAUUCAAGAACUCCCAGAAGAGGUACAAGAAGUCGAAGAAGAAGUGGAUGGAAAAGUCACUAAGAAAAUAAUCAAGCGAAGAAAGAUCAGAAAGCGUAAAGGUAGCAAACAGGAAGAUACUGAAAUAGUUACAGUAGAACAAGAAGGACAAAAGCCUGAAACAACUGUCACGAUUGAAGAAAUCGAAGUGCCUGAAGAAUUAGAAGAAAUUCCUGAAUUUAAACCUGAAAUAGCACAUAUAGAAGAAACACCCAUUGAAACACAAAUUCUGAAAAUCACAACGCCAGAUGGUAAAACCAAAACCAAGACUGUAAAACGAAAAGUUUUCAAGAAACGUAAAGGUGGAAAACAGGAAAAUACGGAAAUUGUUACAGUUGAAGAAGAAGGUCAAGAACCUGUUACUACAGUUUCAGUUGAAGAAUUGCCAGCUGUUGAAGAAAUUAAACCUGAAUAUGUGGAAGAACUACCAAGUGAAGUUCAUGUAACGGAAAGUGUAACUGAAGAAGGUAAGACUAAGAAAACAGUAGUUAAAAAAAUUAGGCGUCGCAAAGGUGACAAAGAAGAAGAAACUAAAAUUGUAACCGUAGAAGAAGAAGGGAAGAAACCUGAAACCACUGUUUUAGUUGAAGAAAUUAAAGAGCCCCAAGAACCGGAGAUCGAAGAGAAACAUAAAAAGAAGAUAAUUAAAAAGAUUAAACGAAGGAUCGGAGAUAAAGAGGUUGUUGAAACUAUUGAAGACGAGAAACUCGAAAUAGAAGAAAUACGCGAAUUUGAACCCGAGAAAGUAUCCACUGAAAUCGAAGUGGUUAAAAGUGUAACAAAAGAUGGGAAAGCCGUUAAAACAACAAUCAAAAAAAUUAAAAAACGCAAAGGCAAGAAAGAAGAAAGGACUAAAAUUGUCACUGUUGAAGAAGAAGGUAAAAAGCCUCAAACCUCAGUUACUGUUGAAGAGGUUGUUAUGCCUGAAGAAGUUGAAGAGUUGCCUGAAUUUAAACCUGAAGAACAAGUUUCUACUGAAACUUAUGUUACUGAAACAAUUACCGAAGAAGGUAUACCUAAAAAAACAACAGUUAAAAAAAUUAAGAAACGCAAGGGACGUAAAGAAGAACAAACUGAAAUUGUGACAGUAGAAGAAGAAGGUAAGAAACCGGAAACUAAAGUUGCCGUUCAAGAAAUUGAAAUACCGGAAGAAGAAAUAAAACAAAUUCCUGAAUUUGAACCAGAAAAAGUUUCAACAGAAACAGAAGUCGUAGAAACUAUCACAGAUGAGGGUAAACCUAAGAGAACUAUAAUAAAGAAAAUCAGAAAACGAAAAGGUGAAAAAGAAGAAAAGACUGAAAUUGUUACUGUAGAAGAAGACGGCAAAAAGCCUGAAACAACUGUUACGGUUGAAGAAGUACCAGUUGAAGAGAUUCCAGAAAAGAUUUUAACAGAAACUGAAGUGAUUACAACAGUUACGAAAGAAGGUAAACCCAAAAAGACCGUAAUUAGAAAAAUCAAAAAACGGAAGGGUGGAAGAGAGGAGCAAACCCAAAUUGUCACCGUUGAAGAAGAAGGUAAAAAACCAGAGACUACAGUAACAGUAGAAGAGAUUCCAGUUCAAGAAGCAAUUGCAGAAAUUCCUGAAUUUAAACCAGAAAAGGUGUCGACAGAAACUGAAGUAAUUGAAACUGUUACAAAAGAAGGUAAACCUAAGAAAACCAUAAUUAAGAAAAUUAAAAAGCGUAAAGGUGGCAAAGAAGAACAGACACAAAUCGUGACUGUUGAAGAAGAAGGCAAAAAGCCUGAAACUACAGUUACAGUUGAAGAAAUCCCGCUUGAGGAAGCAGUUGAAGAAAUACCGGAAUUCAAAGCAGAAACAGUUUCUACCGAAACACAUAUAAGUGAAACGAUAACUGAGCAAGGUAAACCUAAGAAAACAAUUAUAAAGAAAAUUAAAAAACGUAAAGGAGAGAAACAAGAACAAACACAGAUCGUGACUGUGGAAGAAGAAGGCAAAAAGCCUGAAACAACAGUUACAGUUGAGGAAAUUCCAGUUGAAGAAGCUUUUGAAGAAAUACCCGAGUUUAAACCAGAAAAAGUUUCCACAGAAACUGAAGUGAUUGAAACUGUUACAAAAGAGGGUAAGCCUAAAAAAACUAUAAUCAAAAAGAUAAAGAAACGUAAAGGAGAGAAAGAGGAACAAACCAAAAUUGUAACAGUUGAAGAAGAAGGUAAACAACCUGAAACUACAGUUACAGUUGAAGAAUUACCAGUUGAGGAGGGAGUUGAAGAAAUCCCUGAGUUUAAACCAGAAAAGAUAUCUACAGAAACUGAAGUGAUUGAAACGGUUACAAAAGAGGGUAAACCUAAAAAGACAAUAAUCAAGAAAAUUAAGAAAAGAAAAGGUGGAAAAGAAGAACAAACCCAAAUUGUUACUAUUGAAGAAGAAGGAAAGAAACCUAAAACAACAGUUACAGUCGAAGAAAUUCCUGUUGAAGAAGCUCUCGAAGAAGUUCCUGAAUUUAAACCAGAGAAAAUUUCCACAGAGACUGAAGUAAUUGAAACUGUUACUAAAGAAGGUAAGCCUAAAAAGACUAUAAUCAAGAAGAUAAAGAAACGAAAAGGAGGGAAGGAGGAACAAACUAAAAUUGUAACAGUUGAAGAAGAAGGCAAAAAACCUGAAACUACAGUUACAGUUGAAGAAUUACCAGUUGAAGAGGGAGUUGAAGAAAUCCCUGAGUUUAAACCAGAAAAGAUAUCUACAGAAACUGAAGUUAUAGAAACUAUUACAAAAGAUGGUAAACCUAAGAAAAUUGUAAUAAAGAAGAUUAAAAAACGUAAAGGUGACAAAGAAGAACAAACCAAAAUUGUAACAGUAGAAGAAGCAGGUAAAAAGCCGGAAACUACAGUCACGGUUGAAGAAAUUCCGUUCCAAGAAGCAACUGAAGAAAUAAUUCCUGAAAAACUAUCUACAGAAACUGAAGUUGUUGAAACAGUUACCAAGGACGGUAAACCUAAGAAAACAAUAAUAAAGAAAAUAAAGAAACGUAAAGGAGGAAAAGAAGAACAAACUCAAAUUGUAACUGUUGAAGAAGCAGGUAAAAAACCGGAAACUACAAUUACAGUUGAAGAAAUUCCCCUCCAAGAAGCAACUGAAAAAAGAAUUUCGACAGAAACUGAAGUAAUUGAAACUAUUACAAAAGAAGGAAAACCUAAAAAAACGAUUAUUAAGAAAAUUAAGAAAAGAAAAGGUGGAAAAGAAGAACAAACACAGAUCGUAACAAUUGAAGAAGAAGGUAAGAAACCCGAGACAACAGUUACAGUAGAGGAAAUACCUGUGCAGGAAACAACGGAAGAAUUACCUGAAUUCAAGCCUGAACAAAUUUCGACUGAGACUUUUGUUACCGAAUCAGUUACUGAAGAAGGUAAACCAAAGAAAACUAUUGUGAAAAAAAUUAAGAAACGUAAAGGAGAAAAAGAAGAAAAAACAGAAAUCGUAACUAUUCAAGAAGAAGGCAAAAAGCCUGAAACGACUGUAACAGUUGAAGAAGUACCGGUUGAGGCAAUUCCAGAAAAAAUUUCAACAGAAACUGAAGUAAUUACAACAGUAACCAAAGAAGGUAAACCUAAAAAGACCGUAAUAAGAAAAAUCAAAAAACGAAAGGGUGGAAAAGAGGAGCAAACCCAAAUUGUAACCGUUGAAGAAGAAGGUAAAAAACCAGAGACUACAGUAACAGUAGAAGAGAUUCCAGUUCAAGAAGUAGUUGAAGAAAUUCCUGAAUUUAGACCAGAAAAGGUCUCGACAGAGACUGAAGUAAUUGAAACUGUCACAAAAGAAGGUAAACCUAAGAAAACCAUAAUUAAGAAAAUUAAAAAGCGUAAAGGUGGUAAAGAAGAACAGACUCAGAUCGUGACUGUUGAAGAAGAAGGCAAACAGCCUGAAACUACAGUUACAGUUGAAGAAAUCCCGGUUGAGGAAGCAGUUGAAGAAAUACCGGAAUUCAAAGCAGAAACAGUUUCUACCGAAACGCAUACAAGUGAAACAAUAACUGAGGAAGGUAAACCUAAGAAAACAAUUAUAAAGAAAAUUAAAAAACGCAAAGGAGAGCAAGAAGAACAAACACAAAUCGUAACUGUUGAAGAAGAAGGUAAGGAACCUCAAACUACAGUUACAGUGGAAGAAAUAAGUGUACCAGAAACUAUAGAAGAAAGUCACAAAAAACCAAAAGUAAAGAAAGCUAAAAAACUUAAAGAGGAGAAAGAAGAACCUGAGAAAAUUCUUUUUGUACCUACAUUAGCACAGAAAAAGAAAGAAGAAGAUGAGGAUCUUCUUGAAAUGAUUAAAACUGAACUUCUUAAAAAAGCUCUGGCACAUGAACUUCCUGAAAAGAAACCUGAAGAAGAAACUGUGGAAACACAUGCGACGGAAACUGUAAUGGAACAAGGCAAACUUAAGAAAACUAUUGUUAAAAAGAUUAAAAAGCGUAAAGGAGGAAAAGAAGAACAAACUGAAACCGUAACAAUUCAGGAAGAAGGUAAAACACCCGAAACAACAGUUUGUCUCCAGGAAAUUGAUAUUCCCGAAGAAGUACAGGAAAUACCCGAGCUUAAACCUGAAACUCUUUCUUCCGAAACUUACGUAUCGGAAUCUGUAACUGAGACUGGUAAACUUAAAAAGACUGUUGUAAAGAAAAUUAAGAAACGUAAAGGAGGUAAAGAAGAACACACAGAAAUUGUCACUGUAGAGGAGGAAGGUAAAAAACCUGAAACUAUUGUUACUGUAGAAGAAAUUCCAGUUGAAGAAACUAAACCAGAGCAAAUUUCCACAGAAACUGAAGUAAUUGAAACUGUUACUAAACAAGGUAAGCCUAAAAAGACUAUAAUCAAGAAGAUAAGGAAACGUAAAGGAGAGAAGGAAGAACAAACUAAAAUUGUAACAGUUGAAGAAGAAGGCAAAGAACCUGAAACUACAGUUACAGUUGAAGAAUUACCAGUUGAGGAGGGAGUUGAAGAACUCCCUGAGUUUAAACCCGAAAAGAUAUCUACAGAAACUGAAGUUAUAGAAACUGUUACAAAAGAUGGUAAACCUAAGAAAACUGUAAUUAAGAAGAUUAAAAAACGUAAAGGUGACAAAGAAGAACAAACCAAAAUUGUAACUGUAGAAGAAGCAGGUAAAAAGCCGGAAACUACAGUCACAAUUGAGGAAAUUCCGUUCCAAGAAGCAACUGAAGAAAUAAUACCUGACAAAGUAUCUACUGAAACUGAAGUUAUUGAUACGGUUACCAAAGAAGGAAAACCUAAGAAAACAAUAAUAAAGAAAAUCAAAAAACGUAAAGGUGCAAAAGAAGAACAAACAGAAAUUAUAACUGUUGAAGAAGAAGGCAAGUUACCUGAAACAACAGUUACGGUUAAAGAAAUACCAUUAACUGAAGCAAUAGAAGAAAUUUUACCUGAAAAAGUAUCAACUGAAACUGAGAUUGUUGAAUCAGUUACCAAAGAAGGGAAACCUAGGAAAACUAUUGUAAAGAAAAUUAAGAAACGAAAAGGUGACAAAGAAGAACUUACAAACAUUGUAACUGUUGAAGAAGAAGGUAAACAACCGGAAACCACAAUUACAGUUGAAGAAAUUCCCUUCCAAGUACCUCAAAGUACUACAGUAAGUGUUACAGAAAUCGAAAUUCCAGAAGAAAUACAACAAUUACCUGAAUUUAAACCUGAAAGUGUUUCUACUGAAACACACGUAAUUGAAACAGUAACUGAGGAAGGCAAACCUAAGAAAACAAUAGUGAAAAAAAUCAAAAAACGUAAAGGAGACAAAGAAGAAAAGACAGAAAUUGUAACUGUUGAAGAAGAAGGUAAGAAACCUGAAACUACUGUAACGGUGGAAGAGUAUGAAAGGCCUGAAGAAUUACAACCUGAAGAGCCUGCACAUAAAAAACCUAAGAAGAAAAUUAAAAAACUAAAGGAACCCAAAGAGGAUACAGAAGAACCGGAGAAAAUACUUUUUGUUCCGACUUUAGUACAGAAACAGGAGGAAGAAGAAGGGGAUGUCAUAGAAAUGAUUCAGACGGAACUACUGAAAAAGGCAAUAGCUCACAAAUUACCUGAAAAGAAACCUGAAGAAGAAAUUGUUGAAAUGCAUGUUACUGAAACUUUGACUGACGAAGGUAAACCAAAGAAAACAAUCUUGAAGAAAAUUAAAAAACGCAAAGGUGCCAAAGAGGAAAAAACUGAAAUAUUAACUGUUGAAGAAGAAGGCAAAAAACCUGAAACAACUGUAACUGUUGAGGAAAUCCCAAUUGAAGAAUUAACUGAAGAAAUUCCUGAGAAAAUUCUAACUGAAACUGAAGUGACAGAAACCAUUACCGAAGAAGGUAAACCGAAAAAAACAAUUAUAAAGAAAAUUAAGAAAAGGAAAGGUGGCAAAGAAGAACAAACUCAGAUUGUAACUGUGGAGGAAGCAGGUAAGAAACCUGAAACAACAGUUACAGUAGAGGAAAUUCCAGUGGCUGAAGAAAUACCGGAAGAGCAACUUCUUACUACAGAAACGUACGUAACAGAAACUAUAACCGACGAAGGCAAACCAAAGAAAACAGUUACAAAGAAAAUCAAGAAACGUAAAGGCAAUAAAGAAGAAACAACAAAAGUCGUGACAGUUGUGGAAGAAGGCAAAAAACCUGAAAGUACAGUUUUUAUUGAAGAAAUAGAAAUUCCUGAGGCUACAGAAGAACUUCGUGAAAAAGUUUCAACAACUACUGAAAUAGUAGAAACUAUUACUGAAGAAGAUAAACCAAGAAAAACUAUUGUGAAGAAAAUAAAGAAACGUAAGGGUGAUAAAGAAGAACGAACAGAAAUCGUAACAGUUGAAGAAGAAGGCAAAAAACCACAGACAACAGUUGCAGUUGAAGAAAUUGAAGUUCCCGAAGAAAUCGAAGAAUUCAAACCAGACAUCAUUGAAGAACUUCCUGCUGAAGUGCAAGUUACCGAAACCAUAACUAAAACAGGUAAACCUAAGAAAACUACUGUUCGAAAAUUGAAGAGACGUAAAGGUAGCAAAGAAGAAAGAACAGAAAUUGUAACUGUAGAAGAAGUAGGUAAGAAACCAGAAACAACCGUUACAGUCGAAGAAAUUGACGUUACCGAAGAAGUGAAAGAAAUUCCGGAAAUUAAACCUGAAGAACCAAAAUACAUUGAAGAAUUACCUGUUGAAGUAUUCGUUACUGAAACCAUAACAAAAGAAGGUAAGCCUAAGAAAUCAACAGUUAAGAAAAUUAAGAGACGCAAAGAUGAUAAAAUAGAAGAAACGAAAGUAACAAGAAUAGAAGAAGAAGGUAAAAGACCUGAAACCACUGUUCUGAUUGAAGAAAUAGAAAUACCAGAAACAAUCGAAGACAUUCCUGACUUUCAGCCACAAAAAGUCUCUACCAAAAUACAAGUAGUGGAGACACUAACUAAGGAAGGUAAGCCCAAGAAAACAAUCACAAAGAAAAUAAAGAAACGUAAAGAUGGUAAAGAGGUAAAGACCGAAACUGUGACAGUAGAAGAAGAAGGGAAAAAGCCUAAAACAACAGUUAUUUACGACGACUUCGAAGUACCUGAAGAACUAGAAACAGAAAUAGUUGAACCUGAAAGAGUAGACCACAUUGUUGAGUUACUUGGUGAGAUCCAAGUAACGGAGACCGUAACAAAAGAGGGUAAACCUAAAAGAAAAGUUGUUAAAACAAUUCGUAGACGUAAAAAAGGUAAAGUAGAAAAAACAGAAAUUGUGACAGUAGAAGAAGAAGGCAAAAAACCUGAAAUGGAAGUUUCUGUAACUGAAAUUCCAGAAGAACAAGAACUGAAACCUCGAGAAGCUGAUUAUGUUGAAAAAGUACCAGUGGAAGUACAGGUAAGUGAAACAGUAACUAGAGAAGGUAAGCCUAGAAAAACUAUAGUAAAGAGAAUCAGACGACGUAAAGGUAACAAAGAAGAAAAAACAGAAGUAGUAACUGUAGAAGAAGAAGGUAAAAUACCUGAAACUUUUGUUUCUGUUGAAGAAUUAGAGAUACCUGAACCAGAAAAAGUUUCAACUGAAAUUCAAAUCACUGAAACUAAGACCAAGGAAGGUAAGCCGAAAAAGACAAUUGUAAAGAAAAUCAAAAAGCGUAUAGGUAAUAAAGUUGAAAAAACUGAAAUGGUAACAGUGGAGGAAGUAGGUAAAAAGCCUCAAACAACCGUCUCAGUUGAGGAAAUUGAAGCACCAGAAGCAUUAGAAGAAAUACCAGCACUUGAAUAUAAAAGUGCUGAUUUUGUAGAAGAAACACCUGCAGAAGUGGAAGUCAAAGAAGCGGUAACUAAAGACGGCAAACGCCAGAAAGUUACUACUAGAAAAAUCAAGAAAAAGAAAGGUUUGAAACAAGAGAAAACCGAAAUUGUAACAGUGGAUGAAGAAGGCAAACCACCUGACAUAACUGUAACUGUGGAAGAAAUUCCAUUAUUGGAAGAAACCAUUAAGCCUGAAAAACCUAUUGAGCAAGUGCCUGUGGAAGUAACUGUAACGGAAACGGUAAGUAAGGAAGGUAAGCCAAUAAAAACUAUCGUGAAAAAGAUUAAGCGACGCGUUGGAAACAAAGAGGAAAAAACAAAAAUUGUAACAGUGGAAGAGGUAGGUAAGAAACCACAAACAACGUUUUCAAUUGAGGAAAUACUAAUACCUGAAGAAGUUGAACCAAUACCUGAACAACCUGCUAUAAUUGAAGAACUCCCUACUGAAAUUAAAGUAACUGAAAUAAUUGGAAAAGACGGAAAGUCUUCAAAGAAGAUCGUCAAAGUGCGACGUUUACGAAAACGUAAAGGUAGUAAACAAGAAGAAACUCAAAUUGUAACAGUGGAAGAAGAAGGCAAAAAGCCAAUGACUUCUGUAACAGUGGAAGAAAUUCCUGUUCCAGAAUUUGUUCAUGAAUUACCCGAAAUGAAAACAGAGGAAGCAGUGUUUUUGGAAGAAUUACCCACAGAAAUUAAAGUUACUGAAACAGUAACUUUGGAAGGAAAACCCAAACAAAAAAUAUUCAAAACUCGAAAAAUACGAAAACGCAAAGGUAGCAAACAGGAAAAUACCGAAAUUGUGACAGUUGAAGAAGAAGGAAAGAAACCACAAUUUUCUGUACUUGUUGAAGAGAUAGACGUGCCUGAAGAAGUAACACAAAUUUUACCACAAGAAUCUACUUAUAUUGAGGAAUUACCAACAGAAAUUAAAGUUACAGAAGUGGUAUCAAAAGAAGGUAAACCUAAGAAGAAAACGGUCAAAAUUAGAAAAAUCAGAAAACGUAAAGGCAGUAAACAGGAAGAUACAAGUAUUGUAACAGUUGAAGAAGAAGGAAAACCCAUUGAAACUUCUGUAACUGUUGAAGAAAGUGAAAUUCCUGCAAACAUACUAGAAUUCGAAGAAAAACCUUCGGAAGGCAUUUUCAUUGAAGAGUUGCCACAAGAGGUUCAAAUUGUCGAAACUAUAACUCCUGAUGGUAAAACAAAGAAACAGAAAAUUAAAAAACGAGUUAUUUGUAAAAGAAAAGAUGAUAAAGAAGAAAAAACUGAAAUUGUAACUGUAGAAGAAGAGGGUAAACAACCUGAAACUACAGUUACGGUGGAGGAAACAGAAGCACCGCUUAAGUCCAAAAAGAAGAAAGUUAAACAAGUACAAAAACCUAAAAAAGAAGAACCUGAAGACAAAAUUCUGUUUGUACCAACUUUGGCCGAAAAAGAAGAUGAAGAACCAAUUGAAGUUGAAGAGGUUUUAGAUAUGAUCAGAACGGAACUCUUAAAAAAAGCAAUAGCUCAUGAACUUCCUGAUUUCCCUGAAGGGGAAAUUACUGAAAUACCUCAGUUUGCUGCAACAGAAUUGCCGGAAGAAGUUCUACAAGUUGAAGAAGUCGAUAAGAAAGGAGUACCUGUUAAGAAGACUAUCAAGAAACGUACAAUCAAAAAGAAAAAAGGUGACAAACUUGAAAUUACGAAAAUACAAAUAACUGAAAAACAAGGAGAAAAACCUGAAACAAUUGUAACUACUGAAGAGGUAGAUGAAGAUGACAAAAAUUAUCAGCAGCCAGGAGUACCAAUAACUGAGUUACCGGAGAAUGUUGAGGUUAUUGAAAUUAGCACUAAUGAUAAAACUCCAAAGAAAAAGGUUACAAAAAAGAAAACGUUAAUAAAAAAAGUGGGACCAAAAGUUGAAGCUACUGAAAUUGUGACCGUACUUGAAGAUGAUAAACCUCCUGAACAAACGGUUACUGUAAAAGAAUAUCCGCAAAAGCCGAAGAAAGUUAAAAAGGCAAAAAAAGAUAAACCCAAGACUCAUGAUGUUGAGAAAGCAAAGCCUGUACCUAUGAAAUUAGAAAUUAUUAAAAUGGAGCCGAUUAAAGUAAAAAUCGUUACAAAAGAAGAAAUACCACUUCUUAGUCAAUUGAAAAAACCUAAAGCAAUACCAAAGAAACAAACACAAAAAGUUACUUUCCCAAAAAUUCGUCUUACUAGCAGAAUAGUACGAGUUACUUUCCCUCCGGAAAAAGAACAAGAACAAAAACCAAUCAUUACUGAACGCAAACGUGACCUAAAAGAUCACGGAGAACUCUCACGAAAUGUGAAAGAAGCACAUGAAGUACUAAAACGCAAAAAGUUUAAAGUAAAAGAUAUUGAACAAUUUAUUCCCGAUUUGGAAAUUCCGGAAGAUACCAAACUUCUGGAAAAAGUGAAAACGGACAAAGAUAAACCAAAGGAUAAGUAUGAAAGAAAACCUAAACCUACAGCUGAAGAGGAAGAACAACCCGAAGGGCUUAAAAUCGGUAAAGGUAAAGUACCUGUCGAUGACAAUGAGCUUGAAAAAGUUAAACUUAAGAAAAUCCCUGAAAAACUCAAAGAAGAAGUACCCGAACAGCCUGAAAAGCCAAAACCAAAAUCAAAACCAGAAUCAGUGCCAAAAUCUGAAAAACCAGACGAAGAACGUGACAAGAUUAAGUUUAAACCAUACGAUAUUGAUUUGCCCGAAACUGAGUUAGAGAAACCUGAAAAAUUCGAUUACGAAAAGGACACAGGCGAAAAGGAUCAUAAAAAAGGUAGAUAUAAACCUAAAAAGAAAGAUAAACCUAAACCUGAAACAGAAGAAAUUGAAAUAAUCAAAGGAAAACCAAAAGAAAAAUCUGAUGAUGAAGAAAAGGAUCUUAAAUUGAAGUAUAAACAAAAACCUAAACCGGAGGAAGAACCGGAAACGAUUAAACUGAAACCUUGGAAGAAAGAUGCAGAUGAUGAGGUCACUCCUGUCAAACUAUCAGAUAAAAUUAAGUUUAGAAUACCAAAAGUCUCAUACAUCCAGGAAGAACCCGAGAAAGAGGAAGUUAUUGAAGAAAUAAUUGACAAUAAGCCUAGAAAGAAAAGAGUAAAAAAGAGAGUACUUAAGAAAGAUUUAGAUAAUAAUACACGAGAAAUAACCGAAAUCGUAACGGUACAAGAAGAAGAUAAAAAACCAGAAACAACAAUAGUGACAACUAUUGAACCACUGAUAGAAGAACUUGUGGAACCACUGAAAGUAGAAAAGAGAGUUGUACCAACAAUUGUGAUUGAAAUGCCUGAGGAAAUGAAAGUUACUGAAGUGAAAACCGAGGAAGGUAAACCUGUGAAAAAGGUUACUAGAAAGAAAGUUAUUAAGAAACGAGUUGGUCCCAUUGAGGAGGUUAUUAAUAUUGAAAGCACCGAAAUUGAAGGAAAAGAACCGGAAACAUUAGUUACCGUUGAAGAGAUUAUUUCUGACGACCUUCCAGAGCUUUAUGAAGGAGUAAUUAUUGAAGAACUUCCAGAAAAAGUUGAAGAAAUAGAAACAGAAGUCAGAGGUAAAAUCAAAAAGAAAAAGAUCAGAAAGCGGGUUUUUAAGAAAGAUGAUGAAGGACAGAAAGAGAUAACAGAAAUUGUUUCUGUUGAAGAUGAAGAAAAGCCUGAACUUAGUGCGACUAUAAUAGUACCCGAUGAAACUACUACUUUUACGAUAGAAUUUCCGGAAGAUAUUGAAGUUUCUGAAGUAAACAAAACGAAAAAGAUUAAAAAGAGAAGAGUUAUUAAAAAACAAAUCGGUCCAAUGCAAGAAAUUACAAAAAUUGAAACUGAGGAGAUGGAGGGCAAAGAACCUGAAAGUACAGUAACUAUUGAAGAAAUAAUUGCGGAUGAAAUUCCUGAAAUAAUAGAAGCUCAACCUGUUAAGGAGUUACCAGAAAAGGAAAUAAUAGUUGAAGAAGAAAUUAAAGGAAAAAUCAGAAGGAAGAAAAUUAGAAAGAGGGUAGUGAAGAAAGAUCUUGAAGGUAAACAAGAAAUUACUGAAAUUGUUACCACAAAAGAAGAUAAUAAAGAACCCCAAACAAGUGUUACAACACUUGUGUAUGAUGUUUCUUCUAAUGAACUUUUGACUGAAGAAAUAACAGAACCUCUUGAGCCUCAAAAACGUAAACCAAUAAAAGUUACUCCGACAAUUGUAGAACUUCCGGUAAAAGUAACGGUAACCGAAGAAAAAUCAAAAAGAGGACCAUCUAAGAGAGUAGUUAAGAAAGUAAGAACUAUCAAAAAACAAAUAGGUCCCAUACAAGAAAUAACAAAAAUUGAAACAGCCAAAGAAGAAGGCAAAGAGCCAGAAACAACAGUUACAACUGAGGAAAUAAUAGCUGAUGAGAUUCCAGAAAUUAUGGAAGCUAAACCUAUUGAAGAACUACCUGAAAAAGUUGAAGUUAUUGAGGAAGUUGUUAAAGGAAAACUUGUAAAGAAGAAAAUCAAGAAGAAGGUAAUUAAGAAAACAGAUGAUGAUGGAAAUCAGGAAAUUACACAAAUUGUGACAACAGAAAAUGAAGAUAAGAAACCAGAAACAACUGUUACAACUUUCAUUGCUGAAACUAGUUCAUUGCUACCUUUGGAAGAAGAAACAAAAUCAUUCAAACCUGAAAAGAGACCGAAGAAAAAAAUUAAACUAAAUGUAAUUGAACUUCCAGAAGAGGUUAAAGUUACAGAAGUAGAAACUAGAAAAGGACCUAAAAAGAAGGUUACAAAAACCAGAGUUAUAAAGAAACAAAUAGGUCCAAUUGAAGAAAUAACUAAAAUUGAAACAACUGAAGAAGAAGGUAAAGAACCAGAAACCACAAUUACUGUACAAGAAUUAAUUUCAGACGAAACUCCUGAAAUUGUUGAAAUCAUACCUAUUGAAGAGCACGAAAAAAUCGAAGUGAUGCAUGAAAAAGUGGGUGAUAAAGUAAAAACAAAGAAAAUCAAGAAACGAAUUCUUAAAAAAGUUGUUGAUGGCAGGCCUGAUGUUACAGAAAUUGUUACAGUUGAGGAAGACGACAAAAAACCUGUAACCACUGUCACCAAAUUGCACAAUAUUCCAGAACUCAAAGAAGAAAUUGUAAAACCGUUUAAAACUGAAAUGAAGAAACCGGAAGAAGUCAAGCCUGUCACUGUUGAAUUACCGGAAGAAGUCACUGUUACAGAAGUAAAAACAAAGAAAGGUCCUGUUAAGAAAGUUGUGAAAACUAAACUAAUUAAAAAACAGAAAGGUGAUGUGCAAGAAAUCACCAAAAUUGAAACUACCGAAGAAGAAGGCAAAGAGCCAGAAACAAUAGUCAAAAUUGAGGAAAUUCUUGCUUACGAACCACUUGCUUAUGAAGAAGCUAAUGUGAUUGAAGAAUUGCCAGAGAAAAUCGAUGUUAUUGAAGAAAUAGUCGGUGGCAAAAUUAAAAGAAAGAAGAUCAAGAAACGAGUUCUUAAAAAAGAUAAAGGUGAAAAACAAGAAAUAACUGAAUUUGUUACAGUUGAGGAAGAGGGUAAAGAACCUCAAACCACUGUUACAACUUAUGAUACUUUAACACAACCUUUGGAAGUUGCCGAACCUUACGAAUCCGAAAUCACAAAACCGAAAAAAAUUAAACCAACUGUUGUCGAACUACCAACGGUCACAAUGACUGAGGUUACCGCAAUAAAGGGAAAACCUAUUAAAAAAACCGUUACAAAGAAAGUUUUUAAGAAACAAACAGGACCUAUAGAAGAAGUUACUAAAAUUCAAACAGUUGAAGAAGAUGGUAAAGAGCCUGAAACCAUUGUUACAAUUGAAGAAGUAAUUGCCGAAGAAUCUCUUCCAUUUGAAGAAGCUAUAGUUGUAGAAGAAUUACCGGAAAAAGUUGAAGAAGUUGAAGAAGUCGUACGUGGAAAAAUUAAGAAGAAGAAAAUUAAAAAGCGUGUCAUUAGGAAAGACGAAGACGGUAAACAAGAAAUUACAGAAAUUGUUACUGUUGAGGAAGACGAUAAAAAACCUCAAACCACUGUUACAACAUUGAUUCACGAUUUGUUACCACUUGAAACCUUUGAAGAAACUUCUGAAUUCCCAAGGCUGAAAAAGAAGAAACCAAAGAGUAUUAAACCAAUUAUUGUAGAACUUCCAGAAGUCAAAGUUACAGAAGUUGAUGUCAAAGAAGGAAAACCUGUCAAGAAAACAGUUACUAAAAAAGUAAUUAAAAAACAAAUCGGUCCUAUUCAAGAAACAACAAAAAUUGAAACGGCUGAAAUAGAAGGUGAAGAGCCUGAAACCACUGUUACAGUUGAAGAAAUUAUUGCGGAUGAGUCUCUUCCGCUAGAAGAAGCAACAGUCGUAAAAGAGUUACCUGAAAAAGUCGAUAUUGUCGAAAACGUUGUGGAUGGAAAAAUUAUAAAGAAGAAAAUUAAAAAACGUGUCAUCAAAAAAGAUAAAGAUAAUGGCCAACAGGAAAUCACACAAAUUAUUACAGUUGAAGAAGAUAAUGAGAAACCACAAACUACUGUUACUAUGUUAAUUCAUGAUACUUCCUCCACAGAACCUUUAGAAGAAGAAACAGAAAAAUUGAAACCUGAUAAAACAAAAUUGAAAAAAAUUAAACCCACUGUAAUUGAAAUGCCCGAAGAAAUUAAAAUUAGUGAAGUAAAAACUGAAGAAGGCUUACCAGUCAAGAAAAAAGUUACCAAGAAAGUGAUUAAAAAACAAAUUGGGCCAAUUCAGGAAGUUACUAAUAUUGCAACUAUUGAAGAAGAAGGUAAAGAACCUGAAACAACAGUCACUGUUGAUGAAUUUAUUGCAGAUCUUCCUGAAUUAGCUGAAGGUACAGUAGUUGAGGAAUUACCAGAAAAGGUCGAUGUCAUUGAAACUGUGGUAGGUGAACAGAUUCAGAAAAAGAAAAUCAAAAGACGAGUCAUAAAGAAAGAUAAAGAUGGUAAAAAAGAGAUAACAGAAAUUGUGACUGUUGAAGAAGACGAUAAGAAACCUCAAACUACAGUUACUACUCUCAUUCACGACAUUUCUUCUGAAGGACCUCUUGAACAAGAAUCCUUCAUUUCUUUCGAACCUGGUAAAAAACAACCUAAAAAGGUUAAACCCAUUACUGUUGAAUUGCCUGAAGAGGUCAAAGUUACUGAAAUUGUGACUCAAGAAGGACCAAAACAAAAAGUUACUAAAAAAAGAAUUAUUAAGAAACAAAUUGGUCCAAUUCAAGAAAUCACCAAAAUUGAAACAGCCGAAGAAGAAGGUAAAGAACCUGAAUCCACUGUUACAAUUGAAGAAAUUAUCUCCGACGAAACACCAGAAUUAGUUGAAGCUCAACCUGUUGAAGAAGUAGAAAAGGUUGAAGUUUUUGAAGAAAAAGUAGGUGACAAAGUUAAAACUAAGAGAAUCAAAAAGCGUAGAAUAACUAAAAACAUUGAUGGUAAACCUGAAAUUACAGAAAUUGUUACUGUUGAAGAAGAUCAUAAAAAACCUAAAACAAUUGUCAUUAAAUCUCAUGAUGUUUCUUCAACAGAUCUUCCGCUUGAAAUUAUUCAACCUUUUGAAGUUGAAAAAACAAAGAAGAAGAAAAUACAACCAUUAACUGUAGAGUUACCGGAAGAAGUAACAGUAACUCAGGUUAUCACAGAAAAAGGACCAGUUGAAAAAGUGACCAAAAAACGAACUAUAAAAAAGCAAAUCGGUCCCCUGCAAGAAAUAACGAAAAUUGAAACUGUCGAAGAGCCAGAAAAAUUGCCUAAAACUACUGUCACAAUUGAAGAAAUUGUUUCUGAAGAAGUAUCAGAUAUAACUGAAGCUAAACCAGUUGAAGAAUUAGAAAGGGUUGAUAUUGAAGAAAAACUUGUUGACGGUAAGAAGAAGAAAAUAAAGACCAAAAAGAGAGUAAUUAAGAAAGACGUAGAUGACGGUAAGCAGGAAAUAACAGAAAUUGUUACAAUUGAAGAAGACGAUAAGAAACCACAAACUUCUGUCGUUACUAUUUUACACGAUAGUUCUGUUAUUGAACCACUAGUGGAAGAAAUACUUAAACCAUAUAAACCUGACGAAAAGAAACCUGAAACCGCUAAACCCACUAUAGUAGAAUACCCUGAAGAAGUCACCGUUACUGAAAUAACAACUCAACAAGGCAAACCCUCUAAAAAAGUUACAAAGAAAAAGGUUAUUAAAAAACAGAUAGGUCCAAUUGAAGAAAUAACCAAUGUGGAAACUACUCAAGAAGGUGACAACGAACCACAAACCACAAUAACGAUUGUCGAAAUGGUUCCGGAUGAACCUCCAAAAUUUAUCGAACUUAAACCAACGGAACAAAUUCCGGAGAAAGUUGAGAUAACUGAGGAAGUAGUCGACGGUAAGGUCAAAAAGAAGAAAGUUAAAAAACAAAUCACCAAACGCGAGAAAGACGGUAAACCAGAAAUAACCGAAGUUAUAACCGUUCAAGAAGAUGACAAAUUGCCACAAGUAACCGUAAAUAUUUACACGUCCGACAACAAUUUCACAGAACCACUUCAACUCGAAACUGUCACAGACUUCGAUCAAACACCUGGUAUACCACAACGUAUUACUCCCAGACUGACACAUCACACAACCACAAAAACCAUUACAGAAGUACACACCCUAGAACAUACACAGGAAACACCACUAGGUGCAAUAACUGAAACCACUAAAGCGGAAAGAGUAACAGAAAUUCAAGAACCAGUAGUUGUGGAAACUGUGGAAACUCAGAAACCUAUUGAAGGUUACAAAAAAGAAGAAAAAGUACCGGAAGAAAAGAAGAAAGUUAAGAAACCUAAAUUGAAAAAACCUGAAGAAGAAAAACUUGUAAUUGAAGAACUUCCAGCUAAGGAAGAAAUAGCUCCGGAAGAAACAACAACUGAAACUACAGAAACUGAGAAGAAAGUCAGGAAACUCAGAAAGAUUAAAACAGAAGAAAUCCAAUUUCAAGAAGCUGUCGUUGAAGAAGUACCAGUUGUAGAAGAAGUUCCAGAAGAAGAUGACACAAAAAAGAAAAAGAAAGUCAUCAAAAAAGUGAAGACAGAAGAAAAACACUUCCAGGAAGCAGUGGUUAAAGAAAUUGAAGAAGAAAUUCCUGAAGAAAAACCGGAAGAAAUCACAACUGUCGUUGAGGAAAAAAUCAAGAGAAAAGUAAAGAAACCUAAACCGGAAGAACCCAUUGUUGAAGAAGAAAAACCAGUCGAAGAAGAAAAAGCGCCGGAAGAAAAGAAGAAGAGAAAGGUUGUUAAGAAAGUUAAGCCUGGUGAAACACCGGUUGAAGAACCUCUCGCUGAAGAAGAAAAGGUUCCAGAAGAACGUAAGAAGACUCGUUUGGUUAAACAAAAGUCAGUUCUUAUGCCUAUUGAACAUGUUGAACAAGAACAACCUAGCAAACCUAAAAUCGUACCUAUUAAAGAACUUCCACAACACUUUGCGGAAGUGAAGCUGCGCAAACCUAAGGCUCCUCAGAAGAAAGAUAUUCCGACCACUAAAGUACCAAAGAUGCGAUUAAAGAGUCGUAUUACCCAUAUAGAAUUUCCUCCAGAAACAGAAAAAGAACAAAUUCCGGUUAUUAAAGAACUAGAACCGGUCUAUAGAGAUAAUGGUGUUCUUUCUAGAAAUCUGAAAGAAGCUGAAGCUGCUCCAAAAACUAAACGACGAAGAAUGAAGAACUUUGACAAAGAACUCAAAGAUUUGGAAAAAUUAGAUCUUGAAAUAGAUGAAUUGAAAAAAACUGAACUUGAAAAAGUUGAUGAUCAAUACAAAUUUGAAAAGCAACCAAGAAAAAAAUCGGUUUCAAAAGAUGAACCCAAACCCUUGAAAAUCGGUAAAGGUAAAGUUCCAAAACCAGAAGAAGAAGACGAACAAAUAAAACUAAAGAAAGUUCCGGAAAAAAUAAUUGAAGAAAAACUUGAACCUGAGAAGAAACCGAAAAAGAUUACCGAAGAAGAAAAACCCAAGAAACCAGAAAAGCCUGAAGAAGAAGAUGAGCGAAUUAAAUUCAAACCUUAUGAUAUUGACAGAGAGGAACCUGAAAAAAUCGAGAAAGAAACGUUCGAACUUGAAAAACCUGAAAAGGAAAAGCCUGAUAAGAAGAAAGUGAAAAUACCUAAAGAAAAAAAAGGGAAACCGGAUCCAGAAAUGGAGGAAAUUACUUUAAAGAAAGGCAUUCCAAAACCGAAACCGGAAGAGCAAGAAGAAGAUGUUUCAUUUAAAGCUAAACAAAAGCCCAAACCUGAGGAACAACCAGAAGAAAUCAAACUGAAACCUUUCAAGAAACCUGAAGAGCCUGAACCAUUGCAAAAAGUGGAAAAAGAAUUGCCGGCGAAAUUAGAUAGUGUUCCUUCACAUGAUUUUGAAAAGGAUGAAAUUGAAUUUAAACCAUCUGAAGAUAAGGAAAAGGAAAAAGUGCCAAAGAAAAAGAAAAUCAUUGUAAAGAAACCGAAACAAAAAGUUGAAGAACCUGGAGUUGAACAACCCGAUGAAAAGGAACCUGUGGUAGAAGAAGUUCUAGAAGUUGAAGAAAAAGGACCUGAAAUUCCAGAAGUAGUAGAACCAAAAGCAGAAGUGCAACCAGUGGUUGAACCAGUUCCGGAAAAACCAACCGAAGAAGAAAAACCUAUGGAAGAAGAAAAGCGUAAGAAAAUUGUAAAAAUCAAGAAAAAGAAAGCUAAGGAAGAAGAAGAAAAAGAAGUAGAAACAAUUAAACCAAUUGAAGAACAAGAACCAGAAGUGAAAGAAAAGCCAAAACUCAUGAAAAUUGUUAGGAAAUCUCCUCACGAACCUCAAUUCUCAAAAAUAACAGAACAAGAACAAACAGUUAAUUUUGCCGAAAUUAAAUUACGCAAAACUAAAGUACCAGAAAAGAAAGAUGUUGAAGCACCCAAGGUCCAAAAACCGAUGUUGAAGAGUAGAAUUACUCCCAUAACUUUCCCUCCGAUAACAGAAAUUUUACAAAAACCCAUAAUUACAAUCUUGGAGCCUGUAUACAGAGAAAACGGUGUUCUGUCAAGAAAUGUAGAAGAAGCACAAAAAGUAAAGAGGAAGAAAAAGAAAGUUGUAGAUACAGAAAAACUGAAACAGCUAGAUUUGGAAGUAGAGGAAUUGAAGAAAGCCGAUCUUGAAAAGGUAGAUGAUGAAUUCAAGAAAAGGCCUGAGCCACGAAAAAAGGAAAAACCACAACCAAUUCUUAUCGAAAAAGCUUCAAUCCCACCUCUGCAGCAUAUUAAAAUUAAAGAACCGGAAUGUCAACCUAUUAACCUUGCUGAUAUCAAAUUAAAGAAACCAAAGGUUCCCAAAAAGGAAGAAGUUAAGGAAAAAGUCCGUAAACCAUUACUGAAAAGCAGAAUUGUUCAUGUACCUUUCCCACCAAUUGAAGAAUCUGAACAGAAACCUAAAAUUACAACCCUUGAACCGGUUUACAGAGAUAACGGUGUUAUUUCAAGAAAUGUGGAAGAAGCUAAAAAGAUUAAAAAGAAGAAACCCAUCAAGAUCAAAGAAAGUGACAUUGAUUUAACACAUCUGGAAAAACUAGAUUUAGAAAUGGAAGAAUUGAAAAAGAAGGAACUCGAAAAAGUAGAUGACCAAUAUAAAUACGAAAGAAAACCGAAAGAAAAAGAAGAGAAACCAGAGGAACUGGAAGUGAAGAUUAAAUUAGGCAAAGGUAAAAUGCCUGAUAAACCAGGACCUGACGAAACAGUCACUCUGAAGAAAGUACCUCAAAAACCAAAAGAAGAAGACGUUGAAGUUGAAUUAAAGAAACCUAAAGUUACAGAAAAAGAAAAACCAAUACCUGAAACAGAAGAAAAGGAAGAACCUAAACUUGAACCAUUUAAACCCUAUGAUGUGGAUAGGGAAGAACCUGAAAAACUGAAAUACGAACCUUCAGAAAUUGAGAAACCAGUAAAGGAGGAAGAAGACAAGGAAAAGAUUAAAAAAGUUAAAAAGAAGAAAGAAAAACCAGAACCAGAAACAGUUGAAACUAAAUUAGAAAUGGGCAAACCUAAACCGAAAGAAGAAGAAGAAGUACCCGAAAUAAAAUUGAAAUACAAACAAAAGCCUCCUCCUGAAGAAGCUCCUGAAGAAAUUAAAUUAAAACCAAUUGCGAAAGAGAAACCGGAAGAACCUGUAGAGGUUGUUGCAGUAAUCAAGCCUGAAGAUGGCCAAAUACCAAAAGAAAAACCUGUCGAAAUUGAAAAAGAAAUUGUACCUGAAGAAAAAACAGGAAAAAAGGUCGUUAAGAAGGUUAAGAAAAUUAUGAAACCUAAAGACACACCGGCUCCUGAGGAACCUGCAGUAACCGAAGAAGAAAUUCUAAAGCCAGUGGAAGAAUUACCAAAACCUGAAGAAAUACCAAAACCUGAAGAAAAAAUUGUUGACAAGGUGGAACCUAAGGAGGAACCUAAACUAGAAGAAGAAAAACCUGAAGAAAUUGCAGAGGACAAACCAAAAGAAGAAGAAGAAGAUACGGAAACUGAGAAAAUUAAAAAGACUAGAAAAGUAAUUAAAAAGAUUAAAAAACCAAAAACUGAAAGCACAGAAGUUGUUGAAGAAGAACCACUAAUUGAAGAACCCAAAGAAGAAAUCCCUCAACCAGUUGAAGAAGUAAAGAAACCUGAAGAAGAAAAACCAAAACCAGCCGAACCAAAAGUAGAAGAACCUACUCCAGUUGAGGUUAAACCAAUACCCAAAGGAAAAGAAGAAGAACCAAAACCGAUAGAAGUUAAACCAAAAAAACCUAGAGCACUUCCAAAAAAAGAACCCAAACCUGCCAAAUUACCAAGGUUGAAGAGCAGAAUUGUUUACGUAGACUUUCCUCCUGUUGAAGAAUCUGAAAGAAAACCGGUUAUCACGCAAUUAGAAAAAGUUGUACGCGAUCAAGGACAAAUCUCCAGAAAUGUCAAAGAAGCAGAGAAGGUUAUUAAAACUAAACGAAGAAAGCUCAAAGAGGACGACACAGUGCUUCAAGAUCUCGAAAAACUAGAUCUUGAAAUGGAAGAACUUAAGAAAAAAGAACUUGAAAAGGUUGAUGAAGCGUUUAAACUUGAAAAGAAACCUAAAAAACCCAAAGAGGAUAAAGUUGAAGAAAAAGUUCCUUUGAAGAUCGGCAAGGGAAAAAUACCUGAAAAACAAGAAGAGGAAGAGGAAGCCAUAAAACUAAAAAAAGCUCCCGAAAGAGUAAAAGAAGAAGAACUACCAGAACCAAAAGCACCUACAGUCAAAGAAAUAGAAGAAGUGAAGAAAGUUAAGGAAAAACCGGAAGAAAAUAAAGACACAAUCAAAUUCAAACCUACUGAUUACGAGAAGGAAGAGCCUGAGAAAAUCGAAUUUGAAAAACCAGAAUUCGAAAAACCGGAAAAAGAGGUUCCUGAGGAGAAAAAAUCUAAAUAUGAAAGGCAAAAGAAAGAAAAACCAACACCAGAAGAUAAGGAAAUUAAGAUAACUAAAGGUGUUCCUAAGAAGAAGGAACCGGACGAAGAAGAUGAGAUUAGUUUCAGGAAACCACAAAAAGAUAAACCAGAAGAAGAACCUGAACAAAUAACAUUGAAACCGUUCAAGAAACCGGAAAAAGAAGAACCAGAAACUGUAAUUGAACUGAAGAAAGAAGAACCAAAAAUACCAACAGAUGAAGAAGUUGAAAAGAUUACAAUUAAGAAAAAGAAAAAGAAAGUACUCAAGAAACCAGAGGAAGAGGAACCCGUAGAAAUCACACUAAAGAAAGAACCAGAAAAAGAAGAAGAAACUGCUCCUGUUGAAGAGGUUGUUGUGGUUAAAAAGAAACCAAAGAAACCCGAACCUGAGGAAGAACCUGAAGCUGAAAUCGUUCUUAAAAAACCAGAAAAAGUAGAGGAAGAAGAACCAUCGGUUGAACAAAUAGUCAUUAAAAAGAAACCUAAGAAAACAGAAGAACCAGUUGAGCAAGCGGUAGCAGAAAUAAUCAUCAAGAAGGAACCAGAACCAGAAAAAAUUGAGGACGAAGUAACAGUUGUGGAGGAAGUAAAAGUUGUAAAAAAGAAAAAGAAAGAACCUAAAAAACCGGAUGAAGACGCAGCUGCUGAAAUCACUGUAAAGAAAGAAUCAAUACCAGAACAAAAACCAGAAGAAAUUGUAGAAGAGGAAGUUAUAAUCAAAAAGAAACCUAAAGAACCGGAAAAGGUAAAAGAAGAACCUGAGGCCGAAAUUACAUUUAAAAAGGAACCUGAACCAGAGAAAGAAGAAAUAACUGUUGAGGAAGUAAGGGUUACAAAAAAGAAAAAGAAGAUUCCAGAAAAACCUCAAGAAGAAGCAGCUGCUGAGGUUACAAUAAAAAAGCCAGAAGAAAAGCCUAAAGAAAAAGUAGAAGAGAUAACAGUUGAAGAAGUUGUGAUUAAGAAGAAACCUAAAGAGCCCGAAAAGAUUCCAGAAGAACCAGAAGCUGAAAUAGCAAUUGCAAAGAAACCGGAACCAGAACAGGAACAAGUAACGGCAGAAAAAGUAACAGUCACAAAGAAAAAGAAGAAAAAAGUACCUGAGAAGCCUCAAGAAGACGCUGCUGCUGAAAUUACGAUAAAAAAAAUAGAACCCGUGCCUGAUGAGAAACCUGAGGAGGAAACAACAGAAGUAGUCAUUAAAAAGAAACCCAAGGAACCCGAAAAAGUUCCAGAAGAACCUGAAGCCGAAAUAACUAUUCCAAAGAAACCAAAGCCAGAGCAGGAACAAGCAACAGUAGAGGAAGUUACAGUUACAAAGAAAAAGAAAAAAGUACCUGAAAAGGCUCAAGAAGAAGCAGCUGCAGAAAUAACUAUCAAAAAAAUAGAACCAAUUCCUGAAGAAAAAACAGAGGAACCAACUGCGGAAAUCGUCAUUAAAAAGAAACUUAAGGUACCUGAAGAAGUUCCGGAAGAACCAGAAGCUGAAAUAACAAUCAAAAAGAAACCAGAACCAGAAGAAGAGCAAGAAACUGUGGAUGAAGUGAAAGUUACUAAGAAAAAGAAGAAAGCACCUGAAAAGCCACAAGAAACAGCAGCAGCAGAAUUGACUAUUAAAAAAAUACAACCAGUUCCUGAAGAAGAAAAAGAGGAAACAACAGAAGAAGUGGUAAUUAAAAAGAAACCUAAAGAACCCGAAAAGGUUCCUGAAGAACCCGCAGCUGAAGUUACAAUUAAAAAGAAACCGGAACCGGAAGUGGAAGAAGUAACGACUGUGGAAGAAGUAAAAAUUCCAAAGAAGAAAAAGAAAGUUCCUGUAAAGCAAGAAGAAGAAGCUGCUGCAGAAAUCACAAUCAAGAAGAUUGAAAAACCAGAAGAAAAACUAGAGGAAUCUUCAGUUGAAGAAGAAAUUAAGCUCAAGAAAAAACCUGUACCCAAGAAAGACGAAGAUGAAGCCGAGGCUGAGCUCACUGUCAAGAAACUAGAAGUUCAAGAACCACCUGAAGAUGUAGUACAAGAAUUUACCAUUAAGAAGAAAGGACCACCUCCACGUGUACCGUCAAUAGAGGAACAUGAAGAACAAGAAAUCACAAUAAAAAAAUUGAAGAAAGUAAGGAAACCAUCAAGACCUGACAUUCCGGAAUACACCGAAGUAGAAAAUGUCACAUUUAGACCUCGAGUGACCAAAACACUAGAAGACGUAGAACAAGAAUUUAAGAUUUCUUUGGAUUCUUAUGCAGAAGAAGAAAUCUCAAUGUCCGGCAAAAUCAAAUUGAAGAAAACCAAACCGAAAACCUACAAUGAAGAAAGCGUGGAUGAAUCUAUUAAAAUCACGCAAGAGGUUGAAGAUGAAGGUCCGGUAAUUGAAGAAAUCAUAGAUGAAGGAAGCGACGCUGAAGAACUUCCUUACGAUGAUGAAGAAUCUGAAAGCUAUAACGUUCCUCUACGUAGACCAUCACGCAAGUACUCAGUGUUUGAAGAAAUGGAAGAAGAAGUUUCGCUCGGUUUGAAGAAAGAACAGCCCGUCGAAUUUGAAGAAGAAUCAGUGACAGUGAAGAAGCGAAGCAAACCUAAGAGGAAACCAUCCUUCGACCAAGAAGCGGUAAGUUUGAGUAUUACCAAAGAAUCAGAGACCAUCGAAGAAACUCCCGAGAUUGUUGAAGUGGUAGAAGGGGAUGUUUACUUCUCAGUUCACUCUUACGUAGCAGAAGCAGAACAAGCAAUUGACCUUGUGGAAGGAGAAAGGGUUUACGUAUUAGAAACACCCAAUAGUGAUUGGUGGUUCGUUAAGAAGCAUCUAACUGAAGAAAAAGGUUGGGUACCUGCCCAAAUCCUAAUGGACGAACCCAAUUACACCAUGUAUGUUCAGAAGAAACUCAACGAAAAAAUUGACAAGCUUCCAGUUUUCGAGAAACCCAAACCUGAAGAAAAAUCAGUCGCACCUCGCUUCAUCGAAAAACUACAACCAGUAAUAACCCCAGAUGGUUACACUGUCCAGUUCGAGUGCCAAGUUGAAGGGUUCCCUCGUCCCCAAAUCACUUGGUUCCGCCAAACCGCCGUCAUCAAACCCUCCCAAGACUUCCAAAUGUAUUACGACGAAGAUAACGUUGCAACCCUCAUCAUCAGUGAGGUUUUCCCCGAAGAUGCAGGAACCUUUACUUGCGUGGCCAAAAACGCAGCCGGUUUUGCCUCAAGUACCACCGAACUGAUCGUGGAACUCCCCUUAUCCGACCACGGAUCCGACAUCACCGGACUUUCCCGGAAAAGCAUGUCACGUGAGUCAUCCCUCGCCGACAUCCUGGAAGGAAUACCUCCAACUUUCUCCCGCAAACCUAAACCACAAUACGUACCGGAGAAAUCCGACGUUGUGGUCGACUGUCGCCUUGUUGCGGUACCCGAACCCGAGAUCAUAUGGUACCGCAACGGCAAAAAGAUCACCACCAAGAACAAUGUCACGAUUAUUAUAACCUCAGACAUGCACAGCUAUACCACCAUUUUAAAAAUCAAAGAAGUGCAAAAGAAGCAAGAGGGUACUUAUGAGAUUGUGGCCAAGAACCGAGAAGGGGAAGCCACGGUUCAGUUUACUUUGAAGGUGAAAACGGGGGAUAAGGAACCACCACAAGUGCUAGAACCUUUGAAGUCAGUGACGGUGAGAAAAACCGAGACGGUGGUACUCAGUACUACAAUUGCCGGGAACCCGGCACCCACCAUCACAUGGUUCAAAAAUGGAAAACAGAUCAAAAAACCAACGAAGAAAGAUGGUGACACUUAUAGUUUGACUAUUGUCGAUACGACGAUGGACGAUACGGCGGAAUAUACGGUCAAAGCGACCAAUUCUGUUGGUACCACCGAGACGACAGCUCAACUCACAGUUGAGGAAUUUCCAGACAAUGCGGAACCACCCCUCUUCGUGGAACGUUUCGAGGAGCAGACCGUCCAAGAGAACUCCACCAUCAGACUUUUUGCCCGUGUUAUAGGAAAUCCGGUACCGGAAGUCUACUGGUUGCGCGACAAUAAGCCUUUGAAGCCCUCCGACAAGGUUAAAAUCUCCUACGAUGGUGAAAACAUCGAACUCACGAUCAAAAAAGCUGACUCGGAGACAGACACCGGCGAUUACAAGUGUAUUGCCAGCAAUCCGGCUGGAAAAGCUUCACAUGGGGCCAGAAUCACAGUAGAUGUUGAUGUGACCUUCACCAAGAAGUUGAAGAAGUCUUAUGAAACAAUCGAACGUGAAACCAUCGAAUUCGAGUGUGAGACUUCUCACAAAACGACGGCCACUAAGUGGUACCACAACGAUGUGGAAAUUAGUGGAAUGGAUCACCGAGUUGUGAUUCAAGAUGGCCGAACUCACAAACUCAUCGUGAAGAGAACUACGAAGAAAGAUGAAGGCCACUAUAAAUGUACGGUUAAAAAAGAGAAAACUGAGACGGUACUAACCGUCAGUGGGACCAAACCGAAAUUUGUUCGAGAGUUGCAAGAUUUGGAAAUUCCAGAAAAAGAAGUUGCAGUUUUGGAGGUUGAAAUCACAUCAGACACUGCUGAUGUCACUUGGAAGAAAGAUGGUACCGUGAUUGAAGAAACUGAUACUAAAUACACUAUUGAGAAGGAUAAAGGGGUAAGAAAACUCCUAAUUAGGAGUACCUCCAUCCACGAUGAGGGCGAAUAUACUUGCACCCUAAUUGACGAGGAAUGCAAAGCGGACGUGACAGUCAUUGAGUUACCACCUGAAAUCAUCACUCCUCUCCAAGACAAGACUGUCAACAAAGGAGAAAAGACAGUCUUCGAAAUCGAGUUGAGCAAAGGAGACGCUUUGGUACGCUGGUUCAAAAAUGGUACCGAAAUCCAGUUCUCGGAACACAUUCAAUUGUCAAUCGACGGCAAACGACAAAAACUAAAAAUUUACAAGACGGAACCCGAAGAUGAGGGAAUUUACAGCUGCGAAGUUGGUACCCAAAAAUCCAAAGCCAAUCUCACUGUGCAAGUACCCACAGUCACCUUCUUGAAGACUCUUCCAGAAUAUACUCUAGUUCCUAUGAAAACCAAUGCUGAGUUUUUGGUGGAAAUCUCGAGGGAAGAUGCUGAGGUACAAUGGUUGAAGCAAGGCAAGAAAAUUAAGAAGUCUUCAAAGUAUACCAUCACUGAAGAAAAGACGUUUAGGAAGCUUGUGGUCCACGAGGUGACUCACGAGGAUGAGUUCGAGUAUAGUUGUACUGUGGAAAGUUUGAAGACUUCAUCCAAACUGAUAGCUGGAGACAAGCCAUCGCCCCCGCGCGGCCCCCUCGAAGUGACUGGCAUGAGCGCCACCUCCUUCACCCUCAACUGGCUGCCCUCCGAGAGCGACGGUGGUUCUCCCAUCCUGGAAUACAUCGUCGAAAUGAAAGACAUCACUUCCAAGAAAGAUUUCAAGAAACUCGGCGCCACUAAAAGUGAUAAUACUAACAUUCCCGUCAAUUACUUGGAGAAGGAUCACGGUUACAAAUUCCGGAUCACUGCCAGAAACGCCAUCGGUAUUAGCGAUCCCUACCUCCCCGAAGAGACCAUAGUUGCCGGAUCGCGAAUCACGCCACCUUCGCCCCCGAUUAACCUAGCCGUGAGCGACGUACAAGGGCGAAGCGCCACGCUAACGUGGGAACCCCCCUUGAACAAUGGCGGAGCAGAAAUCACAGGAUAUGUGGUCGAGAAAAAACUAGAGUUUAUGCCCAAAUGGGAGAAAGUCUAUACUUUGGAAGGCAAUUGCCUCCAGUACACUUUUGAGAAUUUGAAGGAGAAAGGCGAGUACUUGUUUAGGGUGUUUGCGGAGAACCCCAUCGGGCUUAGUGUGCCUGCGACGACCGAUGUAGUAAAACUCAGAACCUAUGCAACGGUACCAUCACCUCCCACGGCCCCACUGGAGAUCCGUACCAUCGGCCCCAACGCUAUAGUGAUCGAAUGGGGGAUCCCCGAAUCCGAUGGAGGUUCCCCUCUCCUGGGCUACAACAUCGCUAUCAGAGACACCAAAAAGACCAUGUGGAUGGAAAUCGGUCGUGUGGGUAAAGGAGUCCAGAAAUUUACCAUUCGGGACUUGCAAGAGGACCACGAAUACAUGAUUCGAAUCUUUGCCAAGAACGAAAUCGGGUUAAGUGACCCUCUGGAGUCCGAUGAGCCCUUCAAAGUCCUUCCUUCGGGAGAAGCCGACCAAGACGACUUCCGAGAGGUCACCGACCGUGAACCCACGUCGUACAGUACCGAAACCACGACUUCUUGGCUGAGAGAAAACAGCAUGGAUGCUGACAUCAGUUCGUACUCCAAAGGCGAACUUUUACGCAAGGACGAAUACUUCUUCCGAAUUUGGUGUCACGCCAAAAAAUUAUUUAAAUAAAUUAUUGUAUAUUUGUUAUAUUAUUAGAUGUAAAUAAUUUUUUAUGAUUUUGACUGUUGGGGAGCUUACGAUUAAAGUGUUUUUAUUGGCUAAUUGCGAGGCGAAGUAAUCGACUUUAAUGUAAGCUCCAAUUAAGGAUACUGUGAUACUGAUGAUGAUUUUACUUAAUUGAACGAAACACGAAUUUGAAUGAGUUGCUUAAUAUGCUAACAUGGUUUUAAAACGUAUACGAAUUGUUUUUAGUUGUUUUUGUUUGGUUUUAUUGGACGACGAAUGCAGUGCCUUAUUACUCACUAGGAAUUAUUAUCAAUAUUACUGUUUAUAGUUUACACCCACUGGAAUUAAAUGUAAUCUUUAGUUUCAUAGAGAGAAAAAAUAUAGGUGCAAUUUAAGAUCAGUCAAAAAGCUAUAGAUUACAUUUGAUAAUUGAAGUUGUCUUAAUUACCGUUAUUUAAUAAAUUAUUGAAAAAUUAA